AGUCUGUUCCUGCUUUCUUCAGAUCUCCCUGCCUCCCUCCCUCUUAGGUCAGCUUCUUGUGCGUAUGACCUUGCUAUGGACUUCGUUUUGUUGCCUUGGUUGCCCAAGGGGCCCGGUAGGACUUUUUUAUCCAUUUGCAAAUUGGCACCAGCCUCUUGGUUUUUCCACCUACCUCGUAGCAAUUCGUCACAACUUUCUGGUAUUGGCGGUUAGGCAUUGGACUAGAUGUGCUGUGUUGGAGGAUUGGGUAUGCGCCAUCAUCUACCCCUCCUCUUUUGGGUAUUCCGUUAAAGGAAUCCGGCGGUUGUGGAUCCUGUCCGAUGCCCUGCUGGUGGCUAGGGCCAUGGCACGACCCCCGGUGACAUCAUGGGGGAGCUUCCAGUUGUAUUUCCAUCAACAAGCUCCUCCCAUUGAUUGCUAACCCUCAUAUGACUCCUGGCUGUGCGGGAUGGAGUCUGGUAUUGCUGUUUCAUCCAAUACCUAAGCCAAUACUACUCACAUGCUGUAACCAAUAAAAGUUGUGGCCUAAUUUUGCCCAUUAACCUAAAAUAAUGUGUCUUUGUGUCUUAUUAUACUCCUAUGUGGGUGGAGGCUCCUAGACUCCUGGUACCUAUAGAUUCCUGAUACUAAAAGACCUGGGAGGCAGCACUGUUUGAGAAGCCGACACGUGAGUGCAAGGUGAUGCAGGGCCAGUGUAGAAAUGAAUCAUUUUUGGCAGUAUGGCAUCAUUUUAUUGUUUUUACAAACAUGGAGGAAUAUUGCUGGCUUUUGCCUCAUGUUUUUCAUUGCCUGUGGGCAUUAUGAAAAGCGUGAGGGGAGUAUAAAAGCUUAAUGUAAAGAUCUUAAUACUGACACUAUUGACAGUCUACAACAAUUUCUGUGUAAUGAUUUCAUAUAUCUUCCGGGAUUAUUUAUGUUGUAUCUGAAUGUUGAUUUUUUUAAAGCGAUUUAAUAUUUGAAAUCUACAUUUUAACUGUAAAAUUAAACAAUCUAAGAACAAUCACAAUUCCUCUCCUUCCAUACAUGCAUGUGUCUGUUUAUGAAAUGUGGGUUUAAGUGCACAGGUCUGGAUGCCUGUAAGCUCUGAAAAUUAGUAUUUCAUAACCAGACAGAAUGAACCAAGCCCUGUGUGUUUGUGUGUGUCUCCAGUUAAUGAUUUCAAUGUUUUGGCUCAAUGCCUUGGCUAUCUGGAACCCAGCCUCACUCCCACACUGUUCACUGGAAACACAAGGAGACCUUUUGCAAGCUGUAGGUUGGCAUUAACUGGAACUAUGGAGUUGUGCAAAUGAUGUUGGCUUUAGGGAUGGGCCUUGAGAAUCCAGAUGGGCAGGGAACUAUAGGGUAUUGCUUCAUACAAAGGACAAAGGGUGGGGGGAGCCACCUACUGAAAACCCCAAACACAAAGGACUAAUAAUGUCACCCGUCAUUUAUAUAGCUCUUUCGGCUCCUCCAAACAACUUAUUUAUUGAGGCACCAUCCUGAUGUGCUUACAUAAAGCUUAUGCAGAGCUUGAUUAUACCCAGUCUUUAUUGUGCAGCUAUUCUGCUUUGUCUGUGGGGCAAUUAAUACAAUAAACAUUCAACCAGGUUUGCUUGCAUGGUGCUUAUGUCUUCCCAUUAACCAUUUGUUCAUCCCAUACUUUUCCUGUCCCAUUCCUAACCUUCAAAAUUUCCAUUGAAUGAAACACUUUAGUCUGCUGUAAUUGUGCAAAGCUGAAUUUCCUGAUAUGCGGCUGAAGCCCUCCUGCAAUAUACUGCCUGUCUGGAGGCACCCUUAGAGCGUAUGUAAAGUGUUUUGCAUACAAUGGCUGCUUUCACGCAUCAUAAAAAGCCAGAGCACCACUAAGCUGAUGCACACUGCUGGAUUGCUCCUGCUGUGCUCCCCUUCUGGCGCAAGCAAGAGAAACAAGCCAAGAAGCCACAAUUAAGCUUGAUUUCCCACCCCUAUGGGUGGUUUGCUUCUUCCUAACAAGCCAGACCAGCCUUAAACCCCAAUCCCAUGUUCACAUGUCACAGGAAGCUAACAUACGUUUCUCCAAUGCAAAUAGGGACAUCCUACUCCGUAACGAUGAUGAUGAUGAUAAUUUUAUGAUUUAUACCCUGCCCAUCUUACUGGGUUGCCCCAGCCACACUCGGCAGUUUCCAACAUACAUAAAAACAUAAUAAAACAUUAAACAUUAAAAAAAACUUCCCUGUCAGUAAUGAUCACCAUAUUGCAUAGGGGAACACAGGAAUCUGCCUUAUACCAAGUCAUACCAUUGGCUUUUGUCAAAAAACCAGAAGCCUUUUUACUAGGUAUAAUAGGUGAAGAGUGACCAAGAGAAGAUAAAAUACUUUUUAUGUCUGCAAGGAUGGCAGCAAGAAUGCCACUAGCCCAGAGAUGGAAGGAGGGAAGGAAGGAGAGUACCAAGAAAAGGAAAGCAGGUGAAACUGAUGGAGUAGGCAGAGAUGGCGAGACUGAUGGGGAAGAGCCGAAACCAGGAGGAUCAAGUCUUUUCUAAAGACUGGAAUAAAUCUGUAAUUUAUUUAAAAGACCACUGUAAACAGUUAAAAUCUUUGGCAGGGAUGUAAAGUCACUUGUAAUGUGAACUUUUUUAUGGUAAUUAUGGUUAUAUAAUAGGUAGAUAAGGGUAAAAGAUUCAGUAAGUUUAAUCUUAAAGAUGGAACCAUGGAGGGAGGGAAGGAGGUCUAAGGGUUCGAAAGAACGCUGUACAGUGGUACCUCGGGUUAAGAACUUAAUUCGUUCUGGAGGUCCGUUCUUAUCCUGAAACUGUUCUUAAUCUGAGGUACCACUUUAGCUAAUGGGGCCUCCCGCUGCUGCCUCGCCGCCGGAGCACGAUUUCUGUUCUCAUCCUGAAGCGAAGUUCUUAACCUGAAGCACUAUUUCUGGGUUAGCAGAGUCUGUAACCUGAAGUGUAUGCAACCUGAAGCGUAUGUAACCCGAGGUACCAAUGUAUUUUAAUGUUUGAAAUGGUUUUGUUUUAUAUGUAUAAAAUUUUUCAAAAACUUAAUAAAAAAUUAUAUGCAUAUAAUAUAGUAUAAUAUAAAAUAAAUCUCUCGCCCUCCAUAAAAACACACCUGGAGGGCAUCCGAGAUGUAAAAGCAGCUGGGCUCGAAGCAAAAGCCAUAGCUGGGCGCUUUUCCUCCCCGCGAGGGGCGAGCCACCCGCCUGGCGAGGCGCCUCUUCCCCUUCCCGGCCAGCAGCGCGUGGGAAGGCGGCGCUUUCCUGACAGGCCUCCCGAGCUCCACGCGUGUCUGUGGGAAUCCCCCGGCAGGGCGUGGCCAAACUUUUACGGGGGGGCCGAGUGAUCGGUGACGCAGUUGGUUAGUUCGUCCUUGGCCGAGGAGCCCCGCUGCGCGUGGACGCCUCGGGGCCUUUCCGGGGCCGGGCCGCCUUCUUGCGCCUCUCCCGGCCGCGCCGCCCGCUCGGCUCCCCCGCAGCUCGUCCCCCGCCGCCUCGCUCGCUCGCUCCCUCCGGCCCCGUCGCGCCUCCUCCGCCGCUCCGCGGGAGAAGCGGCGCCUGGCGGCUCCUGCUCCGCAGACCAGCGCGGGAUCCGCCGCCGAGGUAUCUGCGGGAGGUAGGACCGGGCUGCGCUCUUCAUCUGCGCCAGGAAGCUCGUGUGAAUGAGCGGCGCUUGCGGGUCGGGGCGGGCGGGCGCCUGAAUGCCCGUCUGCCGAGGGCGAAAGGGGCGCUCGCUGGCUCCCGGGCGCGUCGGAAGGGGGAAUCCACGAGUUGCCGAGAGGUCGCGAAGACUUCCAGACUUCCAGAAGGGCUCCCAAGUGGAGGAAGGAGGCUGGGAUUUUAAUAUGCCGUCAAUUAAGUGGAUUCCUAGACGCCCCCCCCCCCCAAAUGCUUUUGGGGUAGAGUUGUGAUGAUUUGGUUGCCCCUCCGCAGUGGAAAAAUAACGCUUAUAAAAAGAAAUUAAAGAGGCACUUCGUUAGUCCUCCCGGAGAGGCUGGCGCACUGCAACUCCCCUGCUUCCACAGCACGGACCAGGCUGCCUCCGAAGGGCCACAUUCACCCCGAUUUCGCCUGCUGUCCAUUUUCUGCUUGCAAGUCUAACUAAAUUAGGAAAACAGGAGGGGGGGGCACAGCAGGGUGUUGGAAAACCUAGCAUGGAAACAUAGAUAUCCUGAAAGCUGUAUGGCAAGUGGAAGGUGUUUUAUUUUACAGGCAGAUGAGCUUUGAAGAAAAUUGUACUUUGUAGGUGCAGCAAAUGGAACUGGACCUCAGGGCUGUUUUCUAGCUGCCAAAGUGGAUUUGGGUUUGGGAACAAACUAGAAAUAAAUAUUUCAAUGGAACAUUAAAACAUAUAUAUCUGUGGGGGAAAUUGUGGGUCUGUGCUUGGCAGAACUUGCGUAUAUGAUUGUGUAUAUUGGAACCAGCCAGACCUAUGCUUAGCUCUGAUUAUUUAUUUAUUUAUUUAUUAGGGCAUUUAUUUCCUGCCCUUCUAGUGUAAAUAUACCAAGCAGAGUGGCUGACAACAUAUCAAAAUUGCAAAUGCAUUAAAAUAGUAGAAAACUCUACAGCAGCUAAAAAAUCCUAAAGACGUUGGGCUGGAUUCAGCUAACCUGGUGCCCUAGUAGAAGGGCAGUGAUCCUCCUGCUUGCCCCAGAUCUGCUCUGGAGUGUUGGGAGAACCCGCAGAACAGUUCACAGGGGGGAGAGGGAAAAUUGUUCCAUCUGAUAAGCAGAAAUACUUGUGCUGAUGGAAUGGCUGUAUUAAUGUGAUGUUGAAUCCCACCCAUUGUUCCAGGGGUUAUGUUAAGGCCUGGAAAUUGCAUAUAGCCAAAUCCUUGGAGCCGCCCUGUGGCUGGCAGGUGGGUGGGUGGGUGCGGGCGGGCGGGGAGAGGGCAUCUCCAGCACUCCCACAGCCGUGCCCACAGCGGGUCUUGCCCAGCACGCAAGGCCUGGAGCUUCAAAGCCCUUUUGUACUGGGUAACCACGAGUGGCCCUGGCAUGUGAAGAGCUUUUCUACGCUUCACCUUGCUUGGGACUUGAGUUGCACAGUUUCAACCAGCCAUCCUUCAGCCGUGUACGGUUGAAAUUGCCCAAGUCACAUGCGUGUAAAAGGAGAGUUUAGUGUAAUAGAGGAGGAGCCGGCAGGAGCAUUAAUGGCUACCUAGAGUAGUACAGGCAGUGGAUUGUCAAGGUGACAGCAAAGAGAAGAGCAGAGGCCUUGCAGGCCUGUUAGACCUCUAAGAAGAACAGCCACUGCAAACCACCAGCCUAUAUCAUCUCAGUGUAUGCACAAAUCAGAAUCCUCUCUGGCCUCCUUUGUCAAAGCGCCCACACUAGGUGCUCCGCAGUCUGUUCUUGGAAUGCUCCCAGGAAGGAGAUUCACCUUCAUUCCCAAUUAACCAUUUAUUUCACUGGUACUUAAAAUAUUUAUUCAGUUGCCCUUUUCCUUUUAUUUAAAUGCAUCAUUGCUUGUUUUGUGCCUUCUGCACUUUAUGAGGAGUAAUUCAUACUUUCAUUUUUUGCUGACGUCUGUCCCUGUUCUCCCGUGUGGGGUUUUCCUCUUCCUGGGCUGCUUAUAAUAAUCUCCUUCAACUUUUCCUUUCUACAGUGGGCUUUCUGGUGCUCUUUAUCUUUCUAACCCUCCUCAGAAUCCUUUCCAGUUUGUCAACUUAGCAAAGGCACUUCUGUUUGCUCAGAGGGUCAUGGGGUGGUCUGAAACUGGAGCAAUUUUCAUGGUUGCUCUGCAGCAAAUUGGCUUUUGAUCUAAGGUCAGGAGACUCGUAGAUUUUGUUUGAAAAACUCCUGAGCUGCACACCCCCUUUCUGCUUCCCGCCUCAGUGUUUCUACUAAAGAAUAGGCAUAGGGCUGCCAACGCCACAAGCUUGCAAGGGGCUACAUUUUAAAUAAGGGCGGCUAUUUUUUUGGUCAGGAGCCCUGCAGGGCCAGGAGUCCCCAACCAUCAUAUGAGACCAUCCAUUCAUAUGAGACCAUCCUUCAAGGAGGGGAUCUGUUUCCUCUGAGCAGCCUUCUGGGGGGCAGGAGCAGAGGCCGAAAUGGGCAGCACGGUCCAUGUCUUUUCCUCCUUUGUACAGGAGGCUAGUUUCUGCAAAUGCUCACACAGCCCUGACCGACUUCUUCUUUUUUUUUAAAUGAUAUUUAUUAAGGUUUCAAAGAAAAAAUUACAUAAAUAAAAAGAAAAGAAAAAAAGAAAGAAAUAAAAAUGAAAGAAAAAUACAAAAUACAGAAAAAAGAUAAAAGACACUUAAAAAAAACACAUCAAUCUUUCCAUGCCUUACAUUCAUUUCCUUGCUUCCCUGACCUCACACCUCCCUUUUUUGUAUUCCAGUUCUAUUGGUUAAUUCAGCAAUUCCUUUCCCUCUUUGUUUUGGUCUUAAACCUUUAACUUAAUAUAUUAUAACUUUGGAUUUUCACCUGUUAACAAUCCAUUUUUACAUACACCUUUAUAACAUUGUUGCUUAAACCACUUAACUUCAUUCUGACAUCAUUCUAACAUUCAUUAAUUUUGCAGUAUUUCUGUAAAUAGUCUUUAAAAUUUGUUCCAAUCUUCUUCCACCGACUCUUCUCCCAGGUCUCGGAUUCUGCCAGUCAUUUCCGCCAAUUCCAUGUAGUCCAUCACCUUCAUCUGCCAUUCUUCCAGAGUGGGUAGAUCUUGUGUCUUCCAAUACUUUGCAAUAAGUAUUCUUGCUGCUGUUGUGGCAUACAUAAAGAAAGUUCUGUCCUUCUUUGGCACCAUUUGGCCGACCAUGCCCAGGAGAAAAGCCUCUGGUUUCUUCAGAAAGGUAUAUUUAAAUACCCUUUUCAUUUCAUUAUAAAUCAUCUCCCAGAAAGCCUUAAUCCUUGGGCAUGUCCACCAAAGGUGAAAUAAUGUAUUGCCUAGAAUGUUGUUUUUGUUUCAAACAUUGCAAGUUUUGGACAAAAUGGAUUGCUUCAAGAAGUGGCAGAGAGAUAUUUCUAGAUUUGUCUGGCAGGGCAAGAAGCCCAGAAUAAAAUUUAAAAUAUUAACGGAUGCAAAGGAAAGAGGUGGAUUUGCCCUGCCAGACCUUAAACUUUAUUAUGAAUCAGCAGCUUUUUGCUGGCUGAAAGAACGGCUGCUUCUUGAAAACACAGACAUUUUGGACUUAGAAGGUUUCAAUAAUGUAUUUGGAUGGCAUGCAUAUUUGUGGUAUGACAAAGUCAAAGCACAUAAAGCAUUUAAGAAUCAUAUUGUCAGGAAAGCAUUGUUUAAUGUCUGGAUAAGAUAUAAGGAUUUAUUGGAAAAUAAAACCCCAAGGUGGUUGUCACCGAUGGAAGCGAAAGCACUGAAAAAGCUCAAUAUGGAGGCCAAAUGGCCUUCAGUUUCUUUACAUUUCCAACAUUUAUUAUCGGGCAAAUGAUAGAUUUUUGCAAGCUUGACUGGUGUCAUGUACCACCUGUAUAUCAUUUUCAUAAUAUUCUCUCUUAAGGCAUUACAUGCCGUAAACUUCAUACCUGUGGUCCAUAACUGUUCCCAGUCAGCCAUCAUUAUGUUAUGUCCAACAUCUUGUGCCCAUUUAAUCAUAACAGAUUUCACCGUUUCAUCCUGAGUAUUCCAUUUCAACAGCAAGUUAUACAUCUUUGACAAAAUCUUAGUUUUGGGUUCUAACAGUUCUGUUUCUAAUUUUGAUUUUUCCACCUGGAAGCCAAUUUUCUUGUCCAAAUUGUAUGCCUCCAUUAUCUGAUAAUAAUGAAGCCAGUCUCGCACUUUGUUUUUCAGUUUCUCAAAACUCUGCAAUUUCAGUCUAUCUCCCUCUUGUUCCAAAAUUUCCCAAUAUUUCGGCCAUUUGACCUCCAUAUUGAGAGCCCUGACCGACUUCUGCCCAGGCAAAAGAGGCAUCCUCAGAAUUACCAGAGCACAUUCCAGCUAGGCAGAAGCACACCAGGGGGGUGGGCAGCAGCAGGAGGUGCAUCUGCCGAGAGUCUGUUUCGGCUUUCUACCAAAUCAUGUAAAGCCUUCUCCUGCACUUAAUAAUUAUAAUAAUAAUUUAUUAUUUCUACCCUGCCCAUCUGGCUGGGUUUCCCCAGCCACUCUAGGUGGCUUUCAACAGAACAUUAAAAACAGAAUAAAACUUCAAACAUUAAAAACUUCCCUAAACAGAGCUGCCUUUAGAUGUCUUCUAAAAGUUGGAUAGUUCCUUAUUUCCUUGAUAUCUGGUGGGAGGGCGUUCCACAGGGUGGGGGCCACUACUGAGAAGGCCCUCUGCCUGGUUCCCUGUAACCUCACUUCUCGCAGUGAGGGAACCGCCAGAAGGCCCUUGGCACUUGGCCUCCAUGUCUGGGCAGAAUGAUGGGGGUGGAGACGCUCCUUCAGGUAUACUGGGCCGAGGCUGUUUAGGCGUAAAGGUCAACACCAACACUUUGAAUUGUGUUCGGAAACGUACUGGGAGCCAAUGCAGGUCUUUCUAGACCGUUGUUAUGUGGUCUUGGCAGCCACUCCCAGUCACCAGUCUAGCUGCCGCAUUCUGGAUUACCGGUAGUUGUAGUUUCCAGGUCACCUUCAAAGGUAGCCCCACAUAGAGCGCAUUUCAGUAGUCCAAGCGAGAGAUAACCAGAGCAUGCACCACUCUGGCAAGACAGUCUGCGGGCAGAUAGGGUCUCAGCCUGCGUACCAGAUGGAGCUGAUAAACAGCUGCCCUGGACACAGAAUUGACCUGCGCCUCCAUGGACAGCUGUGAGUCCAGAAUGACUCCCAGGCUGCGCACCUGGUCCUUCAGGGGCACAGUUACCACAUUCAGGACCAAGGAGUCCCCCACACCCACCUGCACCCGGUCCCCCCCAAACAAUACUUCUGUCUUGUCAGGAUUCAACCUCAAUCCGUUAACCGCCAUCCAUCCUCCAACCACCUCCAGACACUCACACAGGACCUUCACCGCCUUCACUGGUUCUGGUUUAAAAGAGAGGUAGAACUGUGUGUCAUCCGCAUACUGAUGAACACCCAGCCCAAACCCCCUGAUGAUCUCUCCCAGUGGCUUCAUGUAGAUGUUAAAAAGCAUGGGAGAGAGGACAGAACCCUGAGGCACCCCACAAGUGAGAGCCAAGGGGUCUGAACACUCAUCCCCCCAACACCACUUUCUGGACACGGCCCAGGAGAAAGGAGCGGAACCACUGUAUAAUUGUGCCCCCAGCUCCCAACUCCUCUAGUUGUUCCAGAAGGAUGUCUUGGUCAAUGGUAUCAAAGACCGCUGAGAGAUCCAGCAGAACUAGGAAACAGUUCUCACCUUUGUCCCUAGCCUGCCAAAGAUCAUCGACCAGCACAACCAAGGCAGUUUCAGUCCCAUGAUGUGGCCUGAAUCCUGAUUAGAAGGGAUCCAAAUGGUCUGCAUCCUCCAGGUGUGCCCGGAGUUGUUGAGCAACCACCUGCUCAAUCACCUUUCCCAAGAAUGGAAGAUUUGAGACUGGGCGAUAGUUGGCCAUAUUGGCCAGCUCCAAAGAUGUUUUUUUUAAGAAGUGGUUUAAUGACCGCCUCUUUCAGUGGGUCUGGUAAGGCUCCCUCGCAGAGAGAAGCAUUCACCACCCCGCAGAGCCCAUCGCCCAGCCCUUCCAGGCUCACUUUUAUGAGCCAGGAUGGGCAAGGAUCAAGGAGACAGGUGGUCAGUUUCACUAGUCCAAGCAGCCCUGUCCACAUCCUCGGAGGUAACUUGUUUUCCAGUCGUCCAACUGGCUUUCAGCAUGUCUUUCGUGAGGUCCCCACUUAUUCCGUAUCACAUCCUUCACCCUCUCAGCCGGUUUUUCUAUUCAGCUCAUCUGUCUUUGUCCUGUCCACUCACCACUGUUCUUCUUGCUCACAGCUUCUCCUUUCUCGUUUGCUGAUCUUCCUUUCUUUGUUCUUCCUAAGGUUCCUGUGUCUUAGGGCCCACUGUUUCCUCUUCUCCCUCGUCCUGCCUCUGGACUCGCUGCCACUUUGAUCAGGAGCUCCCCCCCGUACUGCCCUUAGAAGUUGAUGGACUACAGCAGCCAUCGCUCCUGGCCCUUGGUGAUGCUGGCUGGGGCUGAUGGGAGCUAGAGUAAACAACAUCUGGAAGAUUCCAUGUUGGCCACCCCUGCCUUAGUUUGUUUCAUCCUGGGCUCUUCUUUUUCUAGAACUAGUAAGGAGAGCAAACCCCAUCAUUUCUCACCAUUGGACAUGCUGGGAUGGAUGGGAGUUGUAGUCCAGCAAUAUUAUUGUUGUUAUUAUUAUUUAUUAAACUUAUACUCCGCCCUAUACCUGGAGGUCUCAGGGCGGUUCACAACAAGACCACAACAGAUAAAAUCAAAUAUCUGAAGGGCCACAGUUUCCCCACCCCUCUUCAACACCUUGUGUGAGGUUUUCCCACCCCUCUUCAACACCUUGUGUGAGGUUUUCCUAGCCCUGCUCACUGGCUGCAGGCACACCAUACCUUAAAGCAUGCAUACACCUGAGUCUCGGAAGCUGUUGUUACACCUCACAAUUCGCAGAACCCUUAGCAAACUACAGUUUCCAGGUUUCUCUUUUGGGGGUUGGGGUGCUUUAAAUGUAUGAUAUAUACACAACCAUGUUUUACUAAUAAUUUAGACGCGGCCCUGUUUGGAAACAUGCUGUUUGCAGUUUCCCUCCUCACCAGUUCUGUGCUAUUUUUCUAGGAAAAGAGGUGCCAGAACUCACCAUGAACGCCUUCCUUGUCCCUGAGAGGUGCUGGAACUGAGUUCCUGCGAGUUCUGGCCAAAAAAGAGCCCUGCCAGUAAUGAUCAGUUUGUGAACAUGAUGUGAACUGAUACCCCAGCAGGUCAGGUGGUGAGGGCUGGUAGGGGGUUUGCAGACAGACAGGCAAGCAAAAAGCAAAUGGCAGUUUUCAGUCCUUUGUUUAGUCCAUUAUUAGAUUAGGUGUAUUCUGGGAAGGGCCUAUGGCUCCGCUGCAGAGCAUGGGCUCUUUUCUCUGAGAAGAAGCAAGACUUUCCCUUUCCUCCCAAGAAACAUUGUGUAUUAUUUGUAAAGAUAAGAUUUACCAUGCUGCUGCAAGGAGCUGUCUUUAGAGCAGGCUUCUCCCUCUACGCCAGUCUUGGCCCGUUCUCCUUGACCUCAGCCACAGGCACACAAGAAGUCUCCCAACGGGAGGGUGUCCUGUUCCCACCAAGCACCUGCUUUGUGAAGCACAUCCUCCCUUGACAUCUCCCCUUGAUGCCAGCUAGCCAGGAAAGGACUCUCUGCAGCAGCCUGGAGAGCCGCUCUCUGUCUGCGCAGAUAGUGCGAGCCAUGGGGGAACCAACUUGCUGUAAAGCAGAUUUGUAUUCUCUGCUCAUUGCCCAAUCAUCUGGAGGCAUCUGGCUUUAGGUGUUUGUGGAGACCAGAUACAUGAGUGCUCUUAAUGUACAGUAUUUGGUUUUUGAGCAGGCUGCUCAGGUGCAAAAGGGGAAGGGGCUCUAAUAGCUGUGCAGAAGAGGGGAUUUCAGCAGGUGUCACGUGACAGGCUGAACAGGGUAAAAUUCCCUCUUCUGCAUAAAUAGUAUUAAGAAAGGAGUGUUGCUCCGUGGCAGAACACCAGCUUUGCAUGCAGGUCGUCACAGGUUUGAUCCCCAGCAUAUGCAGGUGGUGCUAGGAGAGACCCCUGCUUAAGACCCUGGAGUAGCUGCUGCCAGUCAGUGUGGCAAAUAUUAAGCUAGGUGGACCAAUGGUCUGACUCAGAAGAAGGCAGCUUCCUGUGUUGCCAUUAAAGGCGUAGGAGCCCGGUCUUCUUGGGUAUUUGAGUGCCCUAUCUCUCAGUCUGUUGUCCGAGGUAGAGAGAUAUUUUGCAGAGGAAACAUCCAGUCUGAAGCCAAAGAGGGCAGUUGCUAACACUGCUCAAGGAUAAACGUUAGCCGUGCAAUCUGGGGGUGGGGUGGGGAACAUUUGGGUGGGGAAUGGAAAUGUUUACAUGGAAAGCAGAAAGGAACAACAGAAUUGGCUGCAACAAGUAAUGAAAUCCAGACCGCCCCCACCCUGCAAGAAAGGGCCAUGCCAGCAUCUCCCCAGAGGGAGCCAGAAACUUCGCAAAAGAAAGAUAAGUAGGUUGGGGUGAGUAAUGCUGUGGCUGGAGGCAUGUUUAUUGGCACCUGGUACUUGGGGGGACACCCCCCUUCAUAGCGGUUUGGAGAGGGGGAAUGAGGCUUGGUUCUCAGGAUGGUGGGACGUGGCACACUUGCAGGCACUGGGGGUGGGAAUGGAUUUGGCACCUAGGAAUACACGGCGCAGCCAGCCAAAGCCUGUCUAAGUAGGAGAGCCACAUUGCAAAAAUCUUCAUGCAGCUCAGAAUCGAAAACACAGCCGUGCUGUGGCUGCUCCCCUCCUCCCAGACCCACUUUCCAGCAGCUCCUGCUGCUCUUUCUGAGAGUGUUUGGGCUCUCUGUCCAGGCUGCGUGUCUCUGAAUCCUGCUUGCUGGGAAUACUAGUGAGGAGAGGGCUCUUGCUCUCAGGCCCGGCUUGUGGCUUCCAACGCGCUUCUGGUUGGCGACUAGGAGAAUGGGAUGCUGGAUCAGACACAGCUUUGGUUUGUUCUAGCAGGGCUCUGCUUAUAAGGGCAGAGGGCAGGUCUCUGAUCAAGGACACCUGGUGCAAGGUCUGCCUCUGACAGUGGCCCAGUGGGUAACUUGGGGCAAAUCACUAUAUUUGCAUAAGUCCCCACAUACAUACAGAUUUAUUCCAUUUGUUUCAUAGAUUAGGUGAAGUGGAAUAAAAAUUAUAAAGCAUGUUGACAUGUCAGAGUGCCAAAUAAUGCAGCAAAAACACUUUAAAGACUGGCAAGUGUAUUAUGGCAUAAGCUUUUGCAGACUACCCCACUGGAAAUAAUGAGCUGGAAGCAUUGUUUUUCAAUAUUUUGGGUCACCUGAUGAUUGACCACUCACAUACAGGGAUGGGGGAGCUCUGGGUCCAGCUUGCUAGCCAGAUCCUAUUCCGGACCUCACCCCUGAGUUGGGAGAAUCACCAGGAUAACAGGAAAGACCCUUGUCUUAAGAGACUUUGGAGAGCCAUCAUAUUUCAGGGAAUAUUAGGUUAGAAGGAUUAAAAGUCUAACCUGCUAGUAUAAUACUGUUACCUUAUUCCACCUUCAGAAGUAACCAAGCAGAGAAGCAUUGCUCAAUUGGAAGAGCUCCCCACUUCUCUUCCAUUUUUCAGUUAAUCAUGCAUCCCAUGUGUGUGGGCAAGCAAGCAGCCUUCUAAAAAAUUUGUUGCCAUGAUAUUUGAGGUCUUGUUUACAAGGGGAGAGCUGGGCCAAGAAAACAAACCAUAGCAUGUUUGCUCCUAGCAGUUUUGCCCGUCCACAAUACUUACUUGAGAUUAUAAUAUAGAGCAACCUUCAAGGCUGGGCAUUGGUAACUAGGAAUGGGGUAACCUGUCAAUUUUGCUUUCUCUUGUUUUCUCAUUUUUCCAGUCCUAAGCUCAGUUCCUCACAUUUCUACAUUACUUUAAAAAACAAAACAAAAACAGCUCUCAAUUUUUUUAAAUCCGUGUUUAGGUUCUGCUAAUAUGCACAUGCUUCUAUGUGGUUUUGCCUGAUAUACAUUUUUUGCAAACUGUUCGCCUUUAUAAUGCAUUUAUGUUACUUUUGCUGACAUGUGCAUUUCUAUGCAGUGUUUACUUGGGUGUCCACGUUGCUUGGCUGGAGAACUGCAUUGCAAAAUUUAGAGAAGUGCAAGUGUCAAAGGAUAGCUGUAUUUUGGUUUGUGUAAUGUUUGAAGAAGUGCAAUUUAGGUAGGUAUGCAUUAAAAUGUGAACCGAAUUGAAUUGCUCCCCUAAUUGAAUUGUAACCCAGCCCCAGCCCCUUUAUGCCUUUGUAUGCACUGAGUAAGCGAGGGGCAGCCUCACGACUUGGGUGGACAGGGAAGUUACCCAAAUAGGAAAUUGUAUCUUAAUAGCAACUUUAAGCAGGAGUGGUUGCUUAACAACAAUAGCUAAUAGUAUAUUUAAGGAACACAGCUCUUAGCCCCCUCACUUUCACUGCUGCCGCCCAUAUAAUUUCUUGUUUGUCACCCUGUGGACAUCUCCCUCCCAUCUGUAGUCAGCUGAAAAAGCAAGAGGAACAAAGAUCAGCUGGUAGCACGAGGCUCUUUUCUCUCUCCUCAGCAGAAACAUCGACUUCCCCUCCCACCCAUACAUUUCUGCCCUGGAAAAAAUAGGGACUGGCAGCAAAAUGGAGCGGCAGUGAAGUACAAUGCAUGAGCUGAUCUGGGUGGGAGGGAGAUAAUACUCUGAGCCUGCCCAUCCAUAUUUGUGUGACAGCAGCCUAGGACCUUGUAGCAGGCAGGAGAGAAACAGCAUCAGGUUUGGUAUUGCAGGUUUUGCCACCCUGUUUGUUAGUCCUCCCCAGCCAGCCACUAGAUUUCUCAAAAGAGGCACUCCAAGGUUGAGUCUUCAGAUUGUUGAAUUGCUGGCAGAAUCCAGAUGGGGAGCAACAUGCAGAUGCUGCAGCCACCCACCUGGUUUUAUACAAUUGCUCAGCCAGUUUAAAUUGGUAAUGCAGCUGUUGCACUCACCUGUGCUGGAAAGUGGGUUCAAGUGCUGCCUGGAGAGGCCUGAAGAGAGGCUGGGGCUGCAAUCCUAUACCCACUUAUUUAGGCGUAAGUUCUACUGAACUCAGUGGAACUUACUUUUGAGUAGAUAUAAGAUUGUGGUGCAGGCCCUACUAGGACACUCUUCAUUUCCUUCAUGUUGUUAAUCAUCAUCAUCAUCUUCAUUCAUUCAUUCAUUCAUUCAUUCGUUUGUUUGUUUGCCGCCCAUCUGACUGGGUUCCCCCAGCCACUCUGGGCACUUCCCAACCAAAAAAUAGUGAAAACACAAUGCAACAUGACACACCAAAAGCUUCCCUCCACAGGGCUGCUUUUAGAUGUCUUCUAAAAGUUGUAGAGUUCUUUAUCUCUUUAACAUCUGGUGGGAGGGUGUUCCACAGGGCAGGCGCCACUACCGAGAAGGCCCUCUGCCUGGCUCCCUGUAACUUUGCUUCUCGCAGGGAGAGAACCACCAGAAGGCCCUUGGAGCUGGACCUCAGUGUCCAGGCUGAACGAUGGGGGUGGAGAUGUUUCUUCAGGUCUUCAGGGCUGAGGUCGUUGAGGGCUUUUAAAGGUCAGCACCAACACUUUGAAUAGCCUUCCUCCAAGGCGACCUCCAGCUGCUGCACUCACUGUCUGUCAGUGCAACAGUAACAGCAGCAUGCCAGAUCCUAUUCCAAGCAGGUGCGUUCUCCCUUUCCUUUUCCUGCUCAGGCAUACUGCCCUUCCCACCUUCCAUCUCUGCUUCCUGCAAAGUAUUUUCCCUGCGGGGUGUGGAAAUGUUUGCAUGUUGUGUGGGGGGCACUUAAGAUCCCUUUAUACCUUACCUUAAGCAGAAUGCAAUAUGCUUAAGUUGAUGUUUGAGCAAGCACAUACUUUUUGUUUUGAGCUACUGUUACCCCUGAUUCUCUGAUUCUGCCUUUGCAGGAAAAUGAGCAUUGGUUUUAUUGUGGUCAGUGCAGAGCCCAGAAUCAGUUGUGUGCAAAAAACAGCCCUUGCCAGGUGGCGUAAAGAGAAAUAUGCUAUUUGGUGUAUGCCAGAAAGCUCCAGCCACACCCAUAUAAUAUCACCUCUUCCUAUCCGCAGCCUUCCUUUCUUUAAAGCUGAAAUGGGGAAACUGCAGCCUAAGUUAAGGGGACCUCGUCUACUCUUGGUGUGCCCCAGCCCACCAUCUGAUCUAGCUUCACCCAAACCCCUUGUUAAAGGAGCAAAUAUGAAGUGAUAUCACAAAGAAAGGUACCUCUGAGUAUGUGCAGAGUACCAUUCUCUCACUGCUGAGCGACUGGAGUCUGUUCACAUGCUUAAAAUUAAGCAGUAGAACUUCCUUCUGGUGCAGAUUUCUCACAUCAUUGCUCUGCGCCAUCCUAAGCUUAGCCAAUUCCUUAAAUUGCAGCUGUGCAUAUUUUUACAAUGCAAAUUCCAUGCCAUUACCAUUUAUUUAAUAAUAUUGAUAAUUUAUUCUCCCAGUUAUGGGGCCUUUAGAAAUCCUUCUCAAGAGUCUCUGGUUUCUGGGUGCUCUGGUUGCUUUCCUAGCUUUCACAAUCAGAAAUAGUUUUCAUCCCCAAUGUAACCUUUCAGGUUUUAUUUGCUCAUGAGAUGAGUUCUAUUUCAAAAGUCAUCAGCUGGUCGCCAGGUGUGACCUAGGAGGGCCGGGCUUGGGAGGGUCCAGAGUGGAAGCAGAGCUCCGUUCCCUAGUGCACAGGAUUGCCAGCCCUGGACCUAGGAGCUGCCUCUGCUCCUUUGAGGACGGUUCAGAGAGGCCUGUUCCAUUACUUGACGGCUGAAGAUUUUAUGGAGGAGUUUUGAGAGGAGAGAAAUGAAGUUAUAUGUGUGGAGUUUGAUAUGCUUUGACUGAGUCAUACGUUCAGUGGUUUCUAAGGGAGUAUAAAUCAGCUCCAACGGUUACUGACAUUUUACAGGAAAAAAUGGGGAUACAAUUGUAACAUCUCUGUUACCAUACCAAAGAACAUGGCCUGAGACCCCCCCCCUUUUUCUGCUGUGCCUUCUUGGAGGGUAUCUGUUCUGUAUGCUGUAUUCUGGGGUAGCCAACUCAGUGCUCUCCAGAUCUUGCUGAGCUACAACCGGUGGUGAAGCUCCCUGCUCUGGCACCAGGAGCGGCGUAAUUCAGGGCGUGGCCAGUGUGCGUCCCAGGGGGCGUGGUGCGCGUUGGGGGAUGCACGGCAAGUGGCGCACGUCCUGGGGCUGCAAGUUGAGCACUGAGCACCCCGGGGGUGGCCACGAUGUCACUCCCGGGUGGCACUCAGGGCACACCGCCCCCCUGCCCCCACCUUCGUCCGCCGGUGACUACAACUCCUAUUAUCCUUGACCAAUUUCCAUUUUGGCUGGAGGUUUUGGGAGUUGCCGUCCAGCAGCAUUUGGAGAGCACUGCAUUGGCUACUCCUGCUGCAUUCAUUUACUCUGGGAUAGCUUGCCCUCUGCUUAUCUAAAAGUUAACCUCCCACCAGAUAGCUGCCUGAAGCCCCCGGAGUGGAGGCUUUGCGCAGCUAACCCCAAGCUAGAACAGCGAGACGGAGCGCUGCGCAGCGCUCUGUCUCCCUGUUCUGGCUUUGGGCUUAGCCGUGCAGCCUGAAUUUGCUCUAUAGGACGCACACACAUUCCCCCUUAAUUUUUGGAGGGAAAAAAGUGCGUCCUAUAGAGCGAAAAAUACGGCGGGAAGGUAAACGGCGUUUCCGUGUGCUGCUCUGGUUUGCCAGAAGCGGCUUAGUCAUGCUGGCCAAAUGACCCAGAAAUCUGUAUGCCGGCUCCCUCGGCCAAUAAAGCGAGAUGAGCACCGCAACCCCAGAGUCGUUCGCGAUGACCUAAUGGUCAGGGGUCCCUUUACCUCCCUGUAAAACAUGACACAAGUGCAACUGAUUGUCUGGGAGUUUCUCAACAUCUCUCUCUCAGCUACUCAGUUUUUUUUGUUUAUAGCAGCAAUUUUCAAAGUUUUUAGCUUUGUGAAAUGGCCGUCCCAUCAACUUGUCUGUCAUGGAAAUCAAAUCUUGCAUGUUGUGGACAGCAGCACUGCCAGGUCCCGGUUUUGGAGCCAGCGUCUGAGGGUCCCCCAGGAGGAGAGUAAGCAGGAUUUUUGCAAUGUGUUCUAAACAGCACACUCAAUUCAGGGUGGCUCCAGAUGGCCUCAGCAUUCAUCCUAAUUUGCUUACACAAGGCCCAUGUGAACGUUAGACUGCAUCCAGUCUUUAUUGAGCAAUAGUUUUGAUUUUUUGUGUGAUGAGGUUAUGCAACAAUGAGCAUUCAUCUUGAUUUGUUUGCAGGAUGUUUGUAUGUCUUCUGUUAAUCACUCAUUCGUCCCACACUUUUCAAUCUGUUUCCCCAUUGCUUUCAUAACCAUAAAAAUACUGUUUGUGUUUUAAAGUGGAUUUGUUGCAGCAGGGCGACGUAGCGGUUUGCUUUAAACAUAAAAUUCCCGUAUGUGCUUGACUCAUACUUCUGAAGUAGUGGCAAUGUGGAGGCCGCCUUAUACAGAGGCACUGGGGCUCUGGCCUCACGGCCAUCACACUCACUCCAUGUUGAUGUAAAUCAAAUAGGGUUUGUUUUUGUUCUUAAAUAUUAUUAAGUGGUCUUUACAUUUUGUCAGAUAAAAGAAAUAAAAUGAGAGGAUGCCAUAGCCUAGAAUACAUGCAACACUCCCCUUGUGAUAGGAAUUUUGAGGUCUUAGAUAUAUGGAAAUGUUCAUAAAUGUACCAACCAAGCACAUACAUAGAUCAGCACAGGAGGACUGACCUGGAACCAUUUUGAUUCCCAAACUGUUCCAAACUGAGCAAACGUUUUCCCUGCAAGGUCAAAGGAAAAUGGAAAAGCCUCCCCAUUGUCUUUUCCUUCACAAAUCCUGUCUUAAGGGUAUGUCUGUGUUUGAAUAGGCUGUGAGCCUGUGACCUGGCCCAGGAACUACGUAUUUAUCAUUACAAAAGACUAGCCAGGCUCCCCAGGCAAUCCAAUCAAGUAACCUGCCAGACAGGAGAUAAACAACAUUCAAAUUUCUGUUUUAGACCGCCUUUUCUGUGAUGUAGGUAUGAUGUAUCUGGGGGGUGGUCUUAGGUUACACCCCUUCUGUGAUGUAUGUAUGAUGUUUCUGGGGGUGGUCUUGAUCUAGAGGAUGGCAAUUUCAAAAGUCUUUAUAAGGCCUUGCGUGCCAUUUUUCUGGGUUCCUCCUCUCUCCUGCGUGUGAGGGGAGCACCCUGUUGCAACAGAUCAAUAAAGAUCAAGCUUACUAGCUGCUUUGCUUCUCAGUGUUCUCUGGUUGGCCUCUGUUAUUUUCUCCUACCAAUAGGGAACCUAUGUAAGGACUCUGUAUGGGCUCUUGGAUACCCCGUAAGGGAAAAGGGCAAUUUUUGUUUACAACACCCUGUGGCUGCACGCUGCUGUUUUUCAUUACCAUCCGUUACUGAUAAUGGUUCUAUGGUUCUACAUUCUAUGAUUCUAUUAAUUACGGUAUAGGGUUGGGGAGCCUGACCUGUAGCCCUUCAGAUAUUACUGGACCUCAGCCUCUGACCAUUGACCGUGCUGUCUAGGGCUGGCGAGAGCUGGAAUCUAACAGCAUCUGGGGGGCCACAGGUUAGCCCCCCCCAACCGCUGCUUUGGAAUGUAGCUGUUACACAGUGACCAAACUAUGACUCUCAGGCAGCUGAAAACAGAAAGCAGAAGCUGAAGGAGUACAACAACCUGGGGAAUUUGAUGCUUUGCUUCUAUGCACCACUUUCUAGUCCUGAAUAAACUCACAAUGCAUUGGUCUGCGGCCAUAGGGUUUAGCAGCAUGGACAUGGUAGGCUUAAUUUAAUGCAGUUUGGAAAGUGCUUUAAGAAUACAGUGGUGCCUCGCAAGACGAAGUUAAUCCGUUCCACGAGAGUCUUCGUCUAGCGGUUUUUUCGUCUUGCGAAGCAAGCCCAUUGACGGAUUAGCGCUAUUAGCGCUAUUAGCGGUUUAGCGGCUAUUAAAGGCUUAAAGGCUUAGGGAUUAGCUGCUAAAAGGCUAUUAAAGGCUAUUAAAGGCUUAGCAGAUUAGAUAAAGGGGGAAAAGCGAAAAAAAUCUCAAGACUCGCAAGGUAUUUUCUGCCUUAUGAAGCAAGCCCAUAGGGGAAUUCGUCCUGCGAAGCAACUUCAAAACGGAAAACCCUUUCGUCUAGCGGUUUUUCCGUCUUGCGAGGCAUUCGUCUUGCGGGGCACCACUGUAGAUCCCAUGAGAACAGAAAAGUGUGUGGCAGGGAGGUUGCACAGUGAUGCAAACAAAUUAUUCAUUUGUUGUAUGUGCAGCAGUGGCUGUCUCCAGUCAGAAAGUGUUGCCUGAUUGUACUGUUGCAGAUUUUGUGGCAGAUUAUUUAGCCUUUUGAGAUCAAUGGCAUUUUAGCAUCAUUAGCUAAUGUGUGCCCUGAUUAUAGUUAAGUCUCUAUGUGAGAUUCCAAAAAAUCAUUAUUUAACAACUAUACGGUUAUAUCCCACUACAAGUAAAAUAUAUGGAGAUAGUCUUUUUGUUGUUCCAUGUUUUUUUAAACUGCAGGAUGUGUGUCCCAGCACAGGAAAGAGUGAGGGUCUGUGCAUCCUCCAUUAAAACAGAAAAGAAAAUUGUGGUGGUCUGGGCCAAAAUAAGCUUCACUGCUCGUUAUCUAGCUAGAUGAAGUUACCAAUAUGAUUUAAAUAAUAAUAAUAAUUCUACAGACCUUUCAAGAAACACAUUUUAAACAAAAUGGCGUAGCCAUGGCUGUUGGUGGUGGCUGUGUUACUCAGCACUAAUUGCAUCAGAGGAAAUGGUCAAUAAAUUUCCUUGAAUCUGUUACCUUGGAAAAUCUAUCUGGGUCUGAGAAAAGCACUGGGAUUUCAUGCAGCUUAUGCUCAGGGCUUUUUUUCCAGCCGGAACUCCGUUCUGGCCCCUCAGUUCAGCUGGGCGCCAUUGCCAUUCUAAGGGAACAAGGGAGGCCUUCAGGGUGAGUUCCUGCUCCUCUUUGUCUAGAAAAACAGCAUGGCAGUUAGGCUACUUUAUAAAGUUCCACAUAUACUGGUGGCAUUUCAUUAAAUGACAACGGAUGCAGCAUAACUCUUAUUCUGCAAAAAUCUGAUAGUGUGGGAAGGCUUGAAGAUGAGGAUGUUACUGACGAGGAGAUCUUAUAGUUACAAGAUUUAUUUCUGUGGAGGGGCUCUCCUACCAGCUUCCUUUGAGAAGGAUGUGCUCUCACGGAGUGACUCAUCCUUUUCUUCUUUGUUGACCUACAGUGUUCAAGGAUCCUGAAGCCAGAGUGUCUGCCUGCUCCCCUCUAAUUGUGAAAGUCGGUUCUCUUUGGGGCAUGUACGCAGGCAGUUUGGAAACUUGGGAGACAUUUGGCUUCAAAGCUGAUUAUGCUGACUGGCUGUGUUCCUUGGCCGGUCAUUCAACCUGCUAGUUAAUGAGUUGCAAGCCACGGGUGAAUGGCGAGAAGGGAGUGGGGAGCAGCGGUGCACCUAUUGGCUGAUGUCGUGGCCCAUGGGGACAACAUUGCCCUUUCAGGAUUGGAGGGGGGUUAUUCAGUUUGCAAAAAUGCUUUGUGGGUGUUUAAUGAAAGAGGUAGCAUAAUGGAACUUAGUUUUAGAGUUGCGUCCAGCUGUGCUUUGAUUACUAAGGACCUUUUCCACCCUCCUUUGAGACCUUUGGAAGCAAACAUCUUGCAGGCUGAGUCCCAUGCCAGAGCAUGUAGCACCAUCCAACCUUGUUUAAAGAACUGGUGUGCAAAAGGGUGUGUGUGUGUAAUUUUAUUUUUGCAUUUUAAGUUUAACAAACAAACAAACAAACAAACAAACAAACAGAAUACAAACCCCUUUGAACCCCCCCCUUUGUGGAUCCUUAUGUUAUUAUUUUCCCUCCGCAUCUUCCCACAAACAGAGCAAUAGACCCUCAAACCCGGGGGUCACAGAAUCAUCCCAAACCCCAGAGCUUGGGGCAGGUCUCCCCCUCUGUGUCCACAGAGUCUUUUGCCUCAUUGGUGGCUUUCAUUUAUGGGUUAAUGAUGGGCCAUCAUUUGCCUUCAUUCUUCCAAUGACACCCAUCCAGCUAGCUCUUCUAGCCCCUCUCAUAAGCUUAUUUCCAUGUUUGGUGCAGCUUAAUCAAGCCUUGCUUAAUUCUAAUGUUUAAUAAAACCAGGAAUUUGGGGGGGAGGAUCUGGCACCCAGGAGUUUAAGGAGUCCUUGGCCCCCUCCAGGCUUAGAACACUAUUUUUUAAAGCAGAGGCUGGCCAGAGCCCUCCCUGGCUGACCAUAUCAGGGCUGUGUUUACGCCUCAGCUCUGCCUGAGCUCAGAAAAAGCGCUGAAUCUUGAAAAUCUUGCUUUUAUUUAAAGGGAAGAUAAAGUUUCUAGUCAUUGUGCGCAAUGCUUAGUGAUUGCUGGUUUGUUAUUAGUUGUCAGAAGGGGAGGAGUCAGUUUGCGGAAUUGCUCCUUGCCACUCCUCACAGUAUAGUUUUGUGCUUGGUAUUGGACUAGGGCUAGGAAGACCCGGGUUCAAAUCCUCACUCAACCACAAAAUUUCCUCAGUGAUACUGGGCAACAUGGUGGUUGUGAAGAUAAUAUUGGAGGGAGAGGAAGGCUUGAGCUGCUAGAAGGAUAGAAGCACAGUAAACAAACAAUAAGCAAAAUAGUACAAGUUGCAGGAUAUGUUCUGCUGGUGGCCCUCUUCUUUUUUAAAAAAAAUUAUACAGGCCAUUGGUAUAUGUAUCAAAUGAUAUCAUGCCCCCUUUGUAAUUUAUUUUACUAUAUUAUAAAAUUUUAAUAUAAAAUGAUGUCAAGUCACCUCUGCAAUAUGUUUUCUGAGCUAAACAAACAAAAGCUUUCCUUUCCUUUAUAAUUAUAAUUUUAACAGUAGUUCAGUACAUCUGGAGGGUCCUGGGUCGGAGAAGGCUCUCCUGCACCAACUGGUAGUAACUCUUAGAGUCUCCCGGCAGGCGUAUCCCCAGCCCUAUCUGGGAGAUGGAAUCAGAGACCUUCUGCAGGCAUAGCAUGUGCUCUGCAACCAGCCUCUCUCUGAGCCACAGCCCUUCCUCAGCCACUAAGCUGAUGGUGCGGACUUCAAGCCCAGCUUUUGGCAGGAGUCAGCAGUGCCAGUGAAUUUCCGUGGGCAGCUGAUUGGCAUUCAGGUGACUGGUGGUGACAGCAAGCCCCUUAUCAAGGAACUGUCAGGAACAUGCAUCAAGGUGCCCAACUGUCUGCCAUCACAGAUGAUGUCAGGGGCAGGUGUGGUUUUGGGGAAACAGCCUCACUGGCCCAAUUGGCCCAUGGGCUGAAGGUUCCCCACCCCACCCCACUGAAGAUCCUACAGAGCUGGCUCAUGCCAUUGGCUCAUCCAGCCCAGUACUGACUGCAAUGACUGGCAGUGCCUCUCCAGGGCUCUGUGAGGGGACUUUUAAGCCCUGUGUGAACAUGAUGGCGGCUGAGCAUGUAUUCUGCCACAGAGCUGUGGGUAUGGAUGCCCCGUCAACUUCCUUAUCUCUUCCUGCCCAGGCUGCAGCCCCCUGGAGAUUGUUCUCUCCCACCCAUAAACUUUUGCUUCCUCCCCUCCCACCAAUCCCUUUUUAUGCACCCCCACAGGAAUGCAGCCAUGCAGCCAAGCAAACUGUAGAGCGUUGUCUGGGGCUGAAUUAUUAAUGCAAAGCCAUUUGCAUUGUCACAGCCACCAUGAAAGGACAGAGCCAACAUGCACACACUCAGACCCUGUACUGGCAGAGAAAAGGGGCCAGGCAGCGACUCUCUGUGGGCAUCACACCAGCUGUGGAAAUGAGACUUUGUUUCCCAAGCGCCCAGCAGAUAAGCGUGUGGCUCAGUCUGUCCUGCUCCAGUUACUCCCUGGAACAGCUUCAGGAGUUACGAGCUCCCUUGCCAGACCUUUUCCAUGGAAAUGGCCAUUCCUUCUGGCGCAUCUCUUCCUUCUCCAGCACAGAGCCUGCCCUUGCUGUGAGAUUGCCUUUGGACAGAGGCCUGAUUUGCACCUCCUCAGCCGGCCUGCUGCCCUCAGGUGCCGGGAGCUGUCCUGUCCAGAGUGUCAAAGAAAGAUUCAGUGGCCAGUCUGGUCAGUUUCUGACCGUGAGAUAGAGGGAGGCAGCAUCUUGGCUUUAUAAAAAGCACCCUCUAAGUGUGCUCCUGAUUCUCCCACUGCAGCUCAGUCUUGAAGCACCUUUGAGUUCAAACCAGUUCUUUCUCUGCAGUCAGGGCUUGUAUUAAAAAAUCCUGUUGACCAGGAAGAUAUCCUGGAUGAUAGUAUCAAAAGCCGAGGGGAGGUCAAGGAGAACCAACCAUGUCAGACUUCCCUCUCCUGAUUGACGCUGUUUUCGUGCUAAAACUGGGCCUGGAACGGGAUUGAAAUGAGUCAAGAAAAUCAGCUUCCUCCAUGCAUUAUUGAAAUUGUGUGAUUACCACCCUUUCAAGCAUCUUGUCGCAGAAGGGGAUACGGUAUUUUAAAAAACAAAAAACAAAACAGCAUUUCUAGUUUGCUCUUUGUUGAAUAUUUUCAAUCCCAGAGCAGAGAACAAAAUUAAUAAAAAUAAUCAUCGAGCUGGAAGGGACCCCAGGGGUCCUCUGGCCCACCCCCUGCAAUGCAGGAAUAACAACAAUGUGCAAAAAUGGCAAAAUCAUAUAAACAGAUCCAAUAACAACAAAUUAACAUGAAUAGUAAUUAUUAUGAUAAUCAGCUGGAAUGGGAACCAUGCAGGGGCAGGAGGUUCCUGACUGAGCUGCUCUUUCAGCAGACUGGGUGGAAUGAGCCAGCUUCUUCUUGGUGCCACAGAGGCAGGUGGGAAUGGCUGCUGGCAGGUGGUGCUUGAAAGAGAGGGAUCCUGAUGGAUCUGGCCUUUGGGGAGGCAGUACUGUCUACUUUGUGUUGCUGCUUUGAUCCCUGGCAUCUCCACUUAAAAGGUCAGGUGCUGGGGAAGAUUGUUCUGUCUGAAAAUCCCAGAGUGUCACAGCCAGUCUUAGGCAAUUCUGGUCUAGAUAGAAUCAUAGAAUAGAAUCAUAGAAUAGAAUCAUAGAAUCAUAGAAUCAUAGAGUUGGAAGAGACCACAAGGGCCAUCGAGUCCAACCCCCUGCCAAGCAGGAAACACCAUCAGAGCACUCCUGACAUAUGGUUGUCAAGCCUCUGCUUAAAGACCUCCAAAGAAGGAGACUCCACCACACUCCUUGGCAGCAAAUUCCACUGUCAAACAGCUCUUACUGUCAGGAAGUUCUUCCUAAUGUUUAGGUGGAAUCUUCUUUCUUGUAGUUUGGAUCCAUUGCUCCGUGUCCGCUUCUCUGGAGCAGCAGAAAACAACCUUUCUCCCUCCUCUAUGUGACAUCCUUUUAUAUAUUGGAACAUGGCUAUCAUAUCACCCCUUAACCUCCUCUUCUCCAGGCUAAACAUGCCCAGCUCGCUUAGCCGUUCCUCAUAAGGCAUCGUUUCCAGGCCUUUGACCAUUUUGGUUGCCCUCCUCUGGACACGUUCCAGUUUGUCAGUGGCCUUCUUGAACUGUGGUGCCCAGAACUGGACACAGUACUCCAGGUGAGGUCUGACCAGAGCAGAAUACAGUGGCACUAUUACUUCCCUUGAUCUAGAUGCUAUACUCCUAUUGAUGCAGCCCAGAAUUGCAUUGGCUUUUUUAGCUGCCGCGUCACACUGUUGGCUCAGGUCAAGUUUGUGGUCAACCAAGACUCCUAGAUCCUUUUCACAUGUACUGCUCUCAAGCCAGGUGUCCCCCAUCUUGUAUUUGUGCCUCUCCUUUUUUGCCCAAGUGCAAUGCUUUACAUUUCUCCCUGUUAAAAUUCAUCUUGUUUGUUUUGGCCCAGUUCUCUAAUCUGUCAAGGUCGUUUUGAAGUGUGAUCCUGUCCUCUGGGGUGUUAGCCACCCCUCCCAAUUUGGUGUCAUCUGCAAAUUUGAUCAGGAUGCCCUUGAGUCCAUCAUCCAAGUCGUUGAUAAAGAUGUUGAAUAAGACCGGGCCCAAGACAGAACCCUGUGGCACCCCACUAGUCACUCUUCUCCAGGAUGAAGAGGAACCAUUGAUGAGCACCCUUUGGGUUCGGUCAGUCAGCCAGUUACAAAUCCACUGAGUGGUAGCAUAGUCAAGACCGCAUUUUACCAGCUUCUUUACAAGAAUAUCAUGGGGCACCUUGUCAAAUGCCUUGCUGAAAUCAAGGUAGGCUACAUCCACUGCGUUCCCUUCAUCUACCAGGCUUGUAAUUCUGUCAAAAAACGAGAUCCGGUUAGUCUGACAUGACUUAUUUUUCAGAAAUCCAUGCUGACUAUUGGUGAUCACAGCAUUCCUUUCUAGGUGCUCACAGACUGUUUGCUUAAUGAUCUGCUCCAGAAUCUUCCCUGGUAUUGAUGUCAGACUGACUGGGCGGUAAUUAUUUGGGUCCUCUCUUUUCCCCUUUUUGAAAAUAGGGACAACAUUUGCCCUCCUCCAGUCUGCCGGGACUUCGCCUGUUCUCCAGGAAUUCUCAAAGAUGACUGCCAGUGGUUCUGAGAUGACAUCUGCCAGUUCUUUUAAUACUCUUGGAUGCAGUUCAUCUGGCCCUGGAGACUUGAAUACAUCUAGACUAGCCAAGUAUUCUUGUACUAUCUCCUUAGUUAUUCUGGGCUGUGUUUCCUUUGCUGAAUCAUUUGCUCCAAAUUCUUCAGGUCGGGCAUUGUUUUCUUUAUCGGAGAAGACUGAGGCAAAGAAGGCAUUGAGGAGUUCAGCCCUUUCUGUGUCCCCUGUUUGCAUUUCACCAUCUUCUCCUCUGAGUGACCCCACUGUUUCUUUGUUCUUCCUUUUGCUACGGACAUACCCGUAAAGCCUUUUUUGUUGCUUUUAACCUCUCUAGCAAGCCUGAGUUCAUUCUGUGCUUUAGCUUUUCUGACUGUGUCUACACGUGCUGGCUAUUAGUCUGGUCAGAUAGUCUGGUCUAGAUAGUAAGGCAGCUUCCUAUAUAGAUGGAGAAAGUUGGCAUCCACUUCUCUUUGACUAGCAUCCUACUGGGUCAGAGCUGCAGCUGUUUCAGACUGGUUCCCCAAAGAAUCCUAGGAAAUGCAGCUGGCCACUCACAGAGUUACAGUUCUGAGCCCCCUUAACCCCACCCAGGAUGCUUUGGGGGAAGCCAUAGCAAUUAAAUGUAUGGUGUGGAUGUGAGCAAUAUCAACAUGGUGUCAUUUCAGAAGGUGGGGCAGAUUUUUUGCAGCAGGGUUUAGCAGCCUGGUCUUGUACAUCCAAGAACAAUUUGCAAAGAAGAAAUAUAUUUUAGGAAUUUUGUUGUGUUUAAAUAUUAUUAUUUUAAUCAUUUUUCAAUUCAUUUUCACAUUUUCCUAUUAUUAUUAUUACGACUUUUUUUAGCCGUAACGCACCAGAACAGAGUUCCGGCACCUCUCAGGUGGGCCCGGAAGAGAAGCGAGAGACCUGACUAGCUUCAGCAAGCCCCAGUGCACCUCUGGCUCAUGAGGAGACUCUUCCUGGAGCCUGCGUUCCUCAGCUACCAGCACAGCUUUCAAUAUCAGCCACUGGUAGCAGAGGGACGCAGGAGCAGCGGCUGUUUCACCUGCGAGAUACCUCCAGGUGAGACCCCAUUGCGCUCUGCCCCCCAUAGCACAGAGGGAGGAGAAGCUGCGUUGCCAGGCUGAUCCAGCUUGUUCCUAGCUUGGCUUCUUUAAACUGCUGCCUUCCCCCAGCUGAGCUGCGCGAAGAACCCCCAAGGUCCUUCCUGCUUGCAUGCAAAUGACCCCCCCUCUCCGAUUCUGGAAUCCCCCUCCAAAGGUGACUUGCCUGGCACCCACUGAUAAGUAUUCAGUGCCAGGUGUUUAGUGUAUUAUUUAGGGUUUGUUUAGUUCUUAAUUGGCCCACAUGUUUAGUGUAUAAUUUUAAUGCUGCUCCUCUUGAGUUUUAGAUUUUGAAUAUUAUUACCUGUUGUUGCUUUUAUUGCUUGCUGAUUGCUUUUAUGGUUUUAUGACUGCCUUUUGUUUUUAACAGUAUUUCAACAAUUCUGUGUUUUCUUCCUGAUCUUAAAUGCAGUACCACUGUAUAGAGGUUUUGGUGGUAUGCACAUUUCUUAACACUUGAUCAAUUUACUAGUUAAGAGGUGGGAGAUAAAUUAAUUAAACAUCCUAUCAGUGGUUGACAACCCUAGUAAAGUGAACAAAUGAAGGCAUGUGAGGACAGGGUUCUGGUGGAGCAGGGAACACAUUCCUGGCUAAGGAACUAACUAAGUGAAGCUGUAAAGAGGCUGGGCUCCAGGGCAACUCCAUCAUGCCUUUCUUUUCCUCUCCCUGCCUAGGAAACAGCAACCCUGAGCUGACGGCUGCCUCUUCGAGGGAAGCAUCUGCAUGUGACAGGCACUGCUGACGUUUCAGAACUCCAGAUCUGGGAUGCUUCAGUCCCUGAACGUGAGCCUUGGUUAUUAUGCUUUAACUCAUAGCGAUAUUGUUAUCAGUCACAUUAGUAUUAUUUUUACCAUCGCUGUGCCUGUCUUUAAAUAACAGGAAAUGUUUUUGAACAGAUUGGUCUGGCGUGUGGAUUGGAGAUCCCAGGGGAGCUGUUGAUGUCUCUUGUAAAUAAAGGCAGGGAUUUAAUCCAUUGCUGGCUGAGGCACUGGGAUUUCUGGUCAGGCAUUUGUCUAGGGGCCAAAAGAAGGCAUUGGCUUCUCUCAUUCCCAUGGAUGUCAUAAUGUGAGGCUCAGAGCCCUGGGAGGAUGAGUAGAUCACAUGCACAAAACAGAUGAAUAGCUAAAUUGGCAGUGCUGCUUCCCAUCCCUUGUUUUCAGGAGAGAGAAACACAGAGUGGAGCAGACCGUAGCUCAGUGCUAGAGCAGCGGCUUUGCAUGCAGCAUGAGUUCAGCUCCUGGCAUCUCCAGCUACAAGAACCAGGUAGCAGCUGAUGGGAAAGGCCUUCUCUUGAGGGGCCACCUGUCCUGCAUGGUUUAGCUGAGGUUCCUGCAUUGCGGGGGGUGGACUAGAUGGCCCUUGGGGUCCCUUCCAACUAUACAUGCUGUCAGUUAGGGUGCACAGUACUGGGCUAGACAGAUGGAACACAGGCAGUUUCCUCUGCUUCUGUUGGCUGUAUCCCAUGUGCAGUCAAACCUUGGCUCCUGAACGCCUCCGUUUUGGCUCCCAAAUGCCGAAAACCUGGAAGUAAAUGUUCUGGUUUUCAAAUGUUUUUCGAGACCCAAACAUCCGAUGUGGCUUCCACUUGAGCACAGGAAGCUCCUACAACCAAUCAGAAGCUGUGCCUUGGUUGUUGAACAUUUUGAAAGUCGAAUGGGCUUCUGGAAUGGAUUACGUUCGACAACCGAGGUUUGACUGUAUUGCUAAGUAGCUUGUUCUAUUAGUGCAAGGAUUUAUGCUUGUGCAGUGGAACUCUCCACCCCCACCCCCCGUCUGCAGGCCCCCUAGAUCUGUGCUGGAGCAGGAGAGGACACAGAGAGGAGGGGGUGAGGGAACGUUCUGUUGCGCAAGUGUAAAUGCUUAGGCUAGCAGAACAAGUGCAUACCGCCCCAUAUCCCAGUAACCAGAGGCAGCCUCAGGUAAGCAACUCUGCAAAAUGUGCCCUACUUUGCAGAGGACAGUCUUCUCUGUGAAGGGCUGUUGGAAGACGCUUCUCGGUUCCAAGGGAUACGAGGAGUGUCUGCUUCAACAAUACUCUUAAGAACAGGGCGGGAAUGGGGUUGCCCAGCAACAGUCGGCUCCUGGCUGAGCAGGCAUAAGGGUUGCCUGGUCCAGUCUUCCCCACAAUUAUUUCAAAAAAUUAUCUGUGCAUAAAUCAGUUUAUGCAAACAUGUGCCUGUGUGUUUCCCCUUUUUCCAACAACUAAUUUCAAAAUUUGACUCCCUCUUCCAAGGGCUUCUAAUCUGGUGCCCGUGAGUGAAGUGGCACAUGCAAAGGCUUUCACUUGUGCUCCUGGAAAGGUGUCUCAGACUCUGAGCUCUUUCUUUUGACAAAGUGUCUAUCCCUCCUAGAAAGAAAGUUAUGUGGCAAAAUGUGCAACCAGUUCUGAUAGCCACAGAGGCAGAGCCCAGGCCUUGUUCUAUGGGGACUGGUAGGGAGGUGGGAUGAGGUGAGGGAAAUCCCAGCCACCAACUAGGACCUUCCACAGGAUCUUUUCCCUUAGGCUCUCCUGACCCAGGUAGAGACCUCCCCAGCCCACCGGCUCCUGCCCUGAGGUUAUCUGCCAGCCACUCUUAUUCUGAGCUGAAAGGGUUUACCUGGCGGUGACAUGUUGCCUCAGUAUUACUGUGAUUGUAUAUACCAAGUUGUAAUGCCUAAAGAACGUUCUCUUUUCCCAAUCCAUGCAGAGUGCGACAUACACGGAGCAUCGUCUUCAUGUCCCAGGAAACUAUUCAUCAUCUCCUUCCCCACAAGGAAGGCCUCGUUUUACCUCUCCGCCAUCUCACUCCAGAGCUGGAGCACCUGAGGAAACACUGGGCCUCAGUCUGGAUGACUUCAUCCCAUCGCGCCUCCAGAAAAACUCCUCUUUCAUCAGCAGCAGGAAACCAGCAUCUCCUCAGGCUACAUCUACUCCACAGAUGGUGAGGGCUCCCUCGAAGCACAGAGUGAGUGACUGUUGUUCAUUUAUAAGAUUUCUUAGCUGCUCUUCACCACAGGAGCCCAGAACAGGUUACUACAAUAUCAUCGUACAGUUACACAAACCGAGUAAAACAAUCAUAUGGUUAUAAAAACAAGUAAAAUCCUUCCAAACAAAAGCAGAACGGUAUCAAUUCGCCAAAAAAGCCAGGUCCCACAAAACAACAUAACCUUAACUAUCAAUGGCCAGGGUAAAGAGAUGCGUUUUCAGCAGACAGCAGAAUCAGUGCAGCAAAGAUGCUAGAGGCAGUCACAGAGGAAGCCAUUUCCCAGUUCCCUUUCCCCCCUUCUGAGGAUUGUAAAAUUCCCAGGAUUGCCCCUGCUUUAAUCAAACUAAUUCAGAGGAAUUGCCAGUGGAUGAGGGCACUCCCCUGACUGCUCAUCACCCCCAUGACUUGCAAGGGAGCCCUGCCACCCACUACUGGGAACUGCAUCAGCAGCCUUAGGUGAAAACUGCACCUGUGAGGUAUAGCUCUGUUUAAUUUACCUCUAACUUUUUUGUAAGAAUUACAGGCAGCCAUGGGAAGCUGUGAUCAGAAUAGAGUGGUGACAGUUGGAGAUGGGGGUGAGAAAUACUUUCUGUGCUGGAAAUCUUCCUUCUAAUAUGCCCUCCAGCUUCUUUUCCCCCCUGCAGAGACAAAAAGAUACAGAAGGUUUUAAGGGUCAAACAAGACUUGAACUUCAUUGUGUGAAUAAAAUUAACAUGCACAUUUUUUUGUUUUGUAAUUAGGAACCCCAGUUUGGACAGAGCAGGGGAUGGGAAGAUGGGUAGGUGGAAUCUAACCCUUAGUCUAACCAGUGUUUCACAAACUUGGGUCUCCAGCUGUUUUGGGGCUACAACUUCCAUCAUCCCUAGCUUAGCAAAACCAGUGGCCAGGGAUGAUGGGAACUGUAGUCCAAAGCAGCUGGAGACCCAAGUUUGGGAAACACGGGUCUAAACCUUAGAGGCUUAGACUUACCAUAGUUCCAAUGAAAACAACACACCCCUCCCACAAACAGAGGCACAACUAUUUGCAUGCUGGUGGAAGAUCCCAUAUUGCUCAGGCUCCCCAUUCAGAAAGGGUUACUCAGAUAACUAAAAUUAUGCAAGUUAAUUUAAUUCACAGAGUCAACAUCCUAUCUGGUUAGGUCCUAAACCAUCCCAGCUGCCCAUUUUCUUUUAGCACCUGACCUGCAGCUUCCAGUGACUGUUUGCCAAGUCAAAAGAAAAGAUGGGGGGAAAGUUGCAUGUAAUUUUGUACAGCAGGUAGCUUGGCCUUUACACUCUAUUUGAUAAAGCAACAUGUGUAGCAGGAAACUUAUAAGCCUAGACAGAAAGGCCAAAGGGCACAUCUGCCUGUAUUCACAUCAUAAAGAAAAGAUAAAUAGAAGCAGGUGUUUCUCAAAGGAUAUAAGGAGGAAAUUCUUGGAAAUAAUUAAGCAAUUAACCCUGCAGGUUUAAUUCUCUGGAUGUGCUAACUGUGGGGAACCUGCAACCCUUUAAAUGCCACUGAAGUAUGACUUUCCUGGUUCAGGACCCAGGGCCAUGCUGGCUGGAACUCAUGGGAGCAAUUUCUGAAGGGCCUCAAGUUCCAGGCAAAUGUUCUGCAUGUUUCUCCUCCCCAGGGACUUGCACUUCUUUUUUGUGCUGCCUCACAGGUUACUUCAUCAGGGACAAACUAGACGAUAAUGAGAAAGGGUGACUGCACUUCAUGCUUCUUUAAAAAAAGUGGGGGGGGGGACGGACUGGAGGGAGUCCAAUAAGGAUUUGCACUUUCCUCUCUGCUUCCCCCAGGAAAGCUGCCAUUAAUACAGUGGUACCUCGAGUUACAGAUGCUUCAGGUUACAGAUGCUUCAGGUUACAGAUGCUUUAGGUUACAGACUCUGCUAACCCAGAAAUAGUACCUCGGGUUAAGAACUUUGCUUCAGGAUGAGAACAGAAACUGCGCAGCAGUGGUACGGCGGCAGCAGGAUGCCCCAUUAGCUAAAGUGGUGCUUCAGGUUAAGAACAGUUUCAGGUUAAGAACGGACCUCCAGAACGAAUUAAGUUCUUAAUCUGAGGUACCACUGUAGAUAGUAUGCAUUGUUGUUUAGUUGUUUAGUCGUGUCCGACUCUUCGUGACCCCAUGGACCAGAGCACACCAGGCACUCCUGUUUUCCAUAGACAAAAACAACAGAUAGUAUGUAAGACUGUUUAAUUAAUUUAAGCAGUGCCUCUGGAAAAACUGGUUCAGGUAAAGUGGCUGUAUAUUUGUUUUUAAAUUGAAUUGUUUUAAAAGACUCACAGCGAGUGAUUUCUUUAUAAAAUAAGAAAUAGGAAAGAGUACUUUAGUUUUACAAGGCUUUAAUAAGGGGGUUGUGUUCUCAAGCCUUUCUGUGGCUCCUGGACAGCUGACUGCUCAUCAUUUCUUUUCCAUAUUGGAGCUGCAGGCUGCAAAGUUGUUUUAAGUCUAUGUGCCCUAGACUAGGUUCCUGAAAAGGAAGAGUUUGACCAAUUAUGGCUGAUUGUAUUAAUGAAUUGGUUUUCAUUAUGGGCUGGUGUAGGUUUCAUUAGUACAUUGAUCCUUGGUCCACUGGGAGCAGGAGUUAAGCAUUGCUGGUUUUGCUUGCAUGAGGCUGUCCGGGUAAUCAUCUUGUUCACCAAGGUAGACUUUAUAAACUCGGCAGCCUAAAUCAGCUUUCACCAACUGGAGGUCCUCCAGAUGUUUUGAACUACAACUCCCAUUGGCAGAUUUUCCAUCUCCACAUUCAUCCUAAGUUAACAGUCCCAGAAAACUGUUCUGUCCCCCCAGAUUCACAACCAGAGAACAGUCCUUUCUCAGGUGGUUACUGUGGCUUUGUUUCACUUCUUUCAAGCCCUGGUCUGCCUUUCUUCCUCGGAAAAGUCCCCAUCCUCAAAGUGGCUUACACAUUUUAAUGCAAAACACAGUAAGAACAAUCAAAAGAAUUCACCGUGCCUCGAGUUUAUUAGGUGCCCAAUUUCUCAGUGAAACUGGGUAUAAGUCAAAAUAGUUUAUUAUUCCAGACAGUAACAACUUCAGUUACAACAAAAAAUCAGACAACAUACAUAUAGACGGAGAUAUAAGAAAUUCAAGGGCAAAUAUCAAUAUUAAUUCUGCCCUUUCUUUUGCAGCUAAAGCCAAUUUGCAGUUGGGUUAAUCAUUACUUUUAGAUUUAUUUUCUAACAAUUUUAUUCUAGACAUUCAGAUACAACAAUCUUUCAGAGGCAGUUUAUUUCUGAAUGCCAGUUGCUGAAACCUGAGGAGGGGAGAGGGCAGUUAUGCAAAGAGGGAGAAAAGCUUAUCUCUUUCAUUUGCAUUUUUGGAACAAAAAGUCUCAAAAGAUAGCGGGAUAGAUGUCCCACUCUCUGAAGAUUACAAGAACAAAUUUAUCUUAUCAAUACAUGGAACUCCUGAACCUUCCAAGGGUGAUAUUUAUGAAGAAUGUGAGACGUCUCAUUUGGAUUGGAACCCUUUUCUGGUGCUUUUAAAACUGAGGUGAAACUAAUGGGCUUGUGCUGUUGCUUGCAGAUUCCUGUGAUUCGUAAUUGUGGUUCAAACACCUUGAAUUUUGAGUUCCACGACACAGCCCCCCGCACUGUGCACAGUGGGAUCUCUCAGCCGUGGAAAACAACCUCAGGUAACUCUAGCCAAAUAUGGAGGAACUAAUGGUUUCUUCUUGGCAAGAGAAUGGACACCUGGUGGCCUUUUGCCUUCUUCGCUUCCUGUGUUGCCCAUUUGCUUGGGCCUUUGUGUUUGAUUGAAACUCAGCCCAGCUUCUCACUCUCUGCUUUCGCAGUGCUCCUGCGGGGUGUGUGUGUGGGGGGGGGGGAAUCCAUGGGCCAUACAUCUUUUUCUAAGGACUGGGCAGCGGGGAGAUCGACUUGCACGUGUAGGAUAUCAAUCAGGAAGAGUAAAUUAAUGUAAGAUGGCUUUAUCUAGAGAUAAUGGAUCAUAUUCAACUCAGAGUAAGCCCACUGAAAUUAAUGGCCUUGUCUGUUAAUUUCAAUGGGUCUACUUUGAGUAGGACUAGCAUUAGCUACAGCCCAAUGAAUGGAUCUAAUUGAAGCGGAAUUGAAUUGAUUUAGAGCAGGAUUUUUUGAUAAAUAAAUUGGAAGUAAUUGAAUUGAAGAGGAAUUUAUUUGGAGUGAUCUGGGCUGGGGUGCUAUGAAUAAUUAAUUUGACCUGAUCUUUUGGAUGGAUUGACAUGCCUUCUGUGACAUUUAAAUUCUAAAUGUGUAUCCAUAUGUCUCCAUGUAUAAAUAUGUGUCUAUACAUAUGCAAAGCUUAUGAAAUUUUGUGACUAUGGCCACAUGUCCUGAAUCCUUCUUAAGUGUCUAGCAACGCCCCUGCUGUGCUCCCAUCAGUGGAGGAGCUGACAUCUCAUGGGACUUUGGUCAGGUAACCUUUGGCUGCAGAAUCAUGUUGCGGGGGAGGAAGCGCCAGCUUCUAUGUUCAACAGCAUGUCUAGACUCCCCUUUUAGACCAGUUGACUGGGGCAAAAUUCCCAUCUGGUGGGAGCAGAAACAGAAUUAGGGCUGAUUUUACUGGGAAACACAUGGAGUCAGCCAGCCUUGUAAAUUAGUCCCCCCAACAGUUACUAGCCUGCAAAAAUGUUUACUCAUCUGCUUUUUAUUCAUGAGAGAGGCUGGCAAAUAAAACAUUUGAUAUACUAGAAACAAGGGUUUCUUUUCUCAUCCACCAAUGCACUUUCUAUGCGGAGCUUUUAACUCCUGUGCAUCCAGCAUAGGAACGGGGGGGGGCAGGAGGAGGGCCUGAGUGCUCCCCACCUCUUCUGGCCAUCUGCAGACUUGCCUGGGUCAAAUUCUAGGUGCUUGGGGCAACUAGGCAAGCGACAACAAGGCUGGUGUUAUGUCCAGGAUAAUCGUAUCUUCCAGCCAGGAUCCAUUAUUCCCAGUACUGGACUAAUUUGACUACUAGAUUCAUAAGAACUUAAGGACUGAUUUAUUGCAUCUUACCAAGGUCCAUCAAAAGGGACACGUGUGGUGCUGUGGGUUAAACCACAGAGCCUAGGACUUGCCGAUCAGAAGGUUGGCGGUUCGAAUCCCCGCGACAGGGUGAGCUCCCGUUGCUCAGUCCCUGCUCCUGCCAACCUAGCAGUUCGAAAGCACAUCAAAGUGCAAGUAGAUAAAUAGGUACCGCUCCAGUGGGAAGGUAAACAGCGUUUCCGUGCGCUGCUCUUGUUCGCCAGAAGCGGCUUAGUCAUGCUGGUCACAUGACUGUACGCCGGCUCCCUCGGCCAAUAAAGCAAGAUGAGCACCGCAACCCCAGAGUCGGCCACGACUGGACCUAAUGGUCAGGGGUCCCUUUACCCUUUACCUUUACCAAGGUCCAUCAUAUCUAGCAUUUUGUUUCCAUGAGCAGCUAGCCAGAUUCCUCUGCUUGGAAACCCACAAGCCAGCUCUGCUGGUGAUGGCCACCCUGUGUUUAUCACCAACACAUCCUCGUUGGAGGUAUAUUGCUGCCAUGAAAUGUUUGGCUAUUGUGGUUAAUAUGGUAUGAGCCCAGUAAACCGCUGUGUUUGCUUUAUGUUGGUCCGGCUGACCUUACCUCCUGCAGAGCUGGCUCACUAUACAUUGCCUGUAUCUAUUUGCAGCAAAUAAUUGGUAUCCCACCUGGCCUGCUAAAGAAAUUAGACCACUGACAUCACAAGCAGCACCUGUUCCCCACCCAGCUGCUUCACCUGCUCGCCCAGCUGUCAAUGGCACUGCACAACCAGGCUGGUCCGCCACCUGGACAAAAGAUGGCCGGAGGAAGGAAAAACGCUGGGUGAAGUAUGAUGGCAUUGGGCCAGUGGAUGAGUCUGGGAUGCCCAUUGCCUCACGAUCGGUGAGUCUGUAGAUGAAGCAGAUGUAAAUAGGAUGCAAAAAUCCAAGCUCUCUUCAGCAUCCCCUCUCCUCUGCUAUGUACUUUAAGCACUUUGUAGCCAAGCUAAUUUGAGCUCAUGAUCUUUUGAGGCUUCUUUUGAACUAUGGAAAACUGGGCUGGUUCUGCAAUUAAGUGAGAACCUCUUAAGAAUGGUUACCUGAAUGCUGUAUCAAAGGGAACAAUGUGGGAGGUUGGCCUGAAGUCGAGAGUGUUCCCAGUGGCCUCCAUGAGCUUGUUUGCAACAAAAGCAACAACAAAUCUCCCCCGUUGCCAAAAAAUAUGAAAAGAAAGCACAUUGGCCCAGCUCAGAUGGCGUGUGUGGUUUAGUGCAAACCAUAAUUUGCAAACUGACUUGGGAAUGUGUUCUCCUUCUUCCAUUUUCUACCCUUCUCCACUGGAGCUCUAGCCUGCUUUUUCCUUGUCAGCCUAACCAUGGAUGAAGCUUGGUGUCUGCACUGAUGCUGCUAACCAUGGCUAACGUGAACUAAUAUUCCCAUCAUAGCUUGGAAUUGAGCGCAUAUGCAGAUACGCAACAUGAAAUCAUAGAUAAAGGCCAACAAGGGAAUCUGCACCACAGGGAGGAGGAGGAGGAAGUGGGAGGCAUUGCAGUAUAGAGCUGAACUGAAAUUUCUCAGAAUAAAACUUUAUUUUUUUCAUCCUCCUGAAAAAAGAUCACUUUGCAGAAUAUUCUCCAAAUAUUUUCCACUAUUUUUGUGGUUGGCACCAUUCUCCCAUCCUAUCCCCAAUGCCCUAGAAUGAUGCUAGCUGUGAGAUAUUGUGGAGGAGGUUGCAAAAUGAUGGCUAGCCUGACAACUGAGAUACUUCCUUAGGAAAAGAAGAAGAAACUGCUCCCUCCACUGCUUAUAGUGAGUCUUCACAGCUUCAAAACUGUCGGAGAAUGUAUCUUCUCCCUAGACAAAUUUGGGGAAAUGAUCCCCAUAGAUUCCUGCCCUGGUUCCUUCCUGCCCAUCACUUCAACCCUGUCUUACACCCCCACCCCUUCAGUUCUCUUUUGCAGCUGUUAGUGAAUUUGCAUAUCUGGUUUCUGUUGCAGAGUGUGGAUAGUCCUCGGGACUGGUAUCGGAGCAUGUUCCAGCAGAUCCACAGCAAGCUUCCUGGUACAGUUUGUCAGGGCAUCACAUUAAUCUAGUCCCUAAACUUGUAUCAAUAAUCCCUGAGAAACUAUAGUCAGCAUGUGAUCUAUCCAAUGAGACAUGCUCUCUGCAGAUAUUGAGCAUCCCCUGGUGGUUCAAAUCUCAUUUUCUAGGCUGCCCAUGGCUCCUUGUUUUAGGAAAAUGAAACUAGUGAAAUAGUGCAACUCUGGCCAGUAAGAAGUCUUAUCCUGAACACAGCUGGUGGCUUUCAGCAAGCUAAACCUCAGGCUUCAAACUAUGGGCUCCAGGAGAAAAUGUUCCUCUCUGUUGUGGGAGGUGGGAUUUUUGGUUUGUUUUUGUUCUUCUUUUUAUUGUGUAUUUUGUGUUUUUUAUAUCGUAAUUUUAUGUUGUGAACCACCCUAAGAUCUGUGGAUGAAGGUCGGUAUACAAAUAUUAUUAUUAUUAUUAUUAUUAUUAUUAUUAAGGUAACAGCUGCAUUUUAUAUAUUAAAAUGGAGGGUCUGGUAAAGGCUAGGGCUGGGUGAAUCUGACAAUUUUGGCUUCUCAGCUUCUCAUUUUUUCAAUUUUAAAUUCAGUUCUCCACAUUUCCACAUGAGAUUACAUUUUUUAAAGUCCUCAUUAAAAUUCAUGAGCAUUUUCAUCCAAAUUUCAAAUAAUACACAAAUUUUUGUAGGCAAUUUUGCUUCACUCACACAUUUUUUGCAAAGCAAUUUUCUCUAAUACAGUGCAUUUUUGUAUUUUAUUUUCACAAAUAUAUGCAUUUCUACAAAACACAUUAUCCAGUAUAUGCAUUUCAGUGCUCAUUGGAGUAAUGCACUGCAAAAUUCAGAGAAACAUCAGUGUCAAAGGAUGGCUAUGUUUCAGUUCUUGUAUUAUUUUGGAAUGUGCGGAGCCGAUCGGUUCACCUUCAAUUGCAAACGGAACCAAAUGUCUUCCAUCCCUAGUUACCCCUCGCUUCUUGGUCCCAGGUACAGCCUGAAACCUGAAUGGCACCUACCAAAUUCUAAUCCUAUUAAGUCUGCAAUCUCCUCUUUCACUCAAUUCUAAGAGUAUGAAUAAAUGCACACUUUGUGUCUCUAACAUCAAGCCAGCUUCUACCCCUGCCCCCCAUUCGGACUACCAGUUUUGAAGAACUCUAAAGCUUCUCACUAUUCUGUCACAAUUUGGUUGGUCCUAAUAAAGAGAUGGCUCAAUUAUGGAUUAUUGCAGUUUUUCUUACGGAGGAAUGUGUCUUCCUUUUUGUUGAGAUACUGUUGGGUGACCCUACAGGGUUGUUGAGAGCCAGACCAAACAGUACUAAACAGGUCAUAGGGAUUCCCACCAUCCCAGGUAUAUUAAUGCUGUGUGAGCAGAGGCCAUCGGUUGGUCAGUUUCUUUGCCCAUGAUCCAAGUCAAUGGCCUUUACCAAGUGGUGGAGGAGGAGGCACAACGCAGACCGCCUACAUUUCCCUUUGAACCGCUCUGUGUUCACUGCCCUGUAAAGUGGCUCCCCAGGGUCCAAAUCCUUUGCCACAUGCCAUGCACUUGAUGAGCAGUCUUCCUUCCUCCACUUCCUGUUAUUUGUUCAACACGCUCCAUUCUGAGCAGAAACCUCGCUUGGGUGCCCUUUGGCCUCUCAGUGUGUACGGGGCUGGAAUCAGCACCUGCUAUCCUUGAGCAGGUGCCUAGACCCCUCCCCUCCCCUUAUUUUUAUUUAUUUCUUGGCCUGGCAUUCUGAGCAGCACAAAACAGAUGGACCCAGCAACGCUUUUGCUUUGCCACACUGCCCCUAAUCUAGAGCUGUGGGGCAUGGUGGGAAAUCUCAAGAAGGGAUGGGGAGAAAUUUGGUUUGGUUUGCCUUUGAAUGAAAGCCUAGCUAACUCACACCAGGUAAAUGAUACAUGAACCGCAAUGCAGGUUUCCUUCAAAAUCUGCACUUUUCAGCAGUUCUCCAACCAAAUAAUAUAUACAAAAAUGCAUAUAUCAGGGGAAAGCACUAAAAUGCUAGCAGAUUUUCAUGAGGACUUUUAAAAUAAAAAUCCACAAAGUGAUGCAGAAAUGUGGAGAAUUGAACUUAAGGUUGGGAAAAUGAGAAAUGGAGAGAAACUGAGACUGGCAGGUUUGUCCAUCCCUAGCCAAGAGAAUGGCAUUGCCAGCACAGCUAGGUGAUCAUGGCAGGGAAAGAGGUGAUCAUGGCAGGGAAAGAGACCCUUAGGCCAGCUCAAACCUGGAACUGGUUCUCUCUAAAAAUCUCCCUUUCCUUUCAGAAUCAGAACUGGACUGGGACUUCUCCUACAACUCUAGAGGUAGGAAUUGGUUUCUGCUUCUGAUUGUGCAGCUUAGAUGUCAUAUUUGGCAAUGGCCAAGUAAUUUUACACUGACAGAUGAUUCCCAAAUAGUGUCAGGAACAACCAUAGGCUUGUGAGGGAGUCUGUGUUGGGGGGAGAACCCAAAUGCAGAAGGCUGUGUGUGUAUGUGAAGUUAUUCGUCAGGAAGUGGUACCAAGGAAAAACAGAAAGCUGUGGAUGUAUCUUGGGGCCAUUCCCAUGGUCAUUCCAUAUCAAGUGAUCCAACUUUUUUACCUCAUGUCAUCUAAUUUUCUUAAUAUUUUGUAUACUUGUUGAAUGAUCAAAACUAAGUUUAAAUCUAAAAUUAAUUUUUUCACCUUAUUCCAUUUUUGAGUUAUGAGGGUUUGAAAUUUCAAAAAAAUUGACAAUUUUGGCCUUGCCAGACUACACAGAAACCUUUAGGGCUCACCCCAGGAUUGAGAUAUGUCAAAACUAAAAACACCAAUCUCUUCAGAACUUCAUAGGCUUUAAUAUGAUAUGUCACAUGAUGGCUACACUUAAAAUUAUAAAUUUAAGUUACAAAAUUUAUAAUUUUAAAAAGUGUUAAAAACAUUAAUGAUAAAAAGAUUCCAAACAAUGUAUUAGUUAUUUAAUAUUUCUAAGAGCAAUCUGCAAAUUUUCAUCUUGGGAUCUCAAUGGGAUCAUAUUAAAAAAAUAUUUUGUACUUACAUGUCUCCUUUAUUGGAUUCUUCCCCCCCCCCCCCAGUUAUCUUGUGUUGUUCAUUUUUUUUUAAUGAGAUAUUUAUUAAGCUUUUUUAAAGUACUACAAUAAAAAUGAAAAAAAUAACAAAAAUACAAAAUAAAAAUAAUUAAAAACACACAGAUUUUCCAUUACUUGUUUUCCUUUAGCUUGUUUCCCGGACCUCCUCAUACCUCCCUUUUUUGUAUUCCAGUUCAAUUUGUUGGUUCAGCAAAUCCUUACCCUCUUUAUUUAUCCUAAUCUUUAGUCUUAAAAUAGUAACAUGAAAUUUUUACCUAUUAACACCCCAUUUUCAUAAUCCCUUAAAGCAUUACAGCUGGAAACCACUUAAUUUCUAUCCAACAUCAUUCUAACAUUCAUUAAUUUUACAAUAAUUCUGUAGAUAGUCUUUAAAUUUCUUCCAAUCUUCUUCCACCGACUCUUCUCCCUGGUCUCGGAUUCUGCCAGUCAUUUCUGCCAGUUCCAUAUAGUCCAUCAGCUUCAUCUGCCAUUCUUCCAGAGUGGGUAGAUCUUGUGUCUUCCAAUACUUUGCAAUGAGUAUUCUUGCUGCUGUUGUGGCAUACAUAAAAAAGGUUCUAUCCUUCUUUGGCACCAGUUGGCCGACUAUGCCCAGGAGAAAGGCCUCUGGUUUCUUCAAGAAGGUAUAUUUAAAUACCUUUUUCAGUUCAUUAUAUAUCAUUUCCCAGAAAGCCUUAAUCCUUGGGCACGUCCACCAAAGGUGAAAGAAUGUACCUUCAGUUUCUUUACAUUUCCAACAUUUGUUAUCAGGCAAGUGAUAAAUUUUUGCAAGCUUGACUGGGGUCAUGUACCACCUGUAUAUCAUUUUCAUAAUAUUCUCUCUUAAAGCAUUACAUGCCGUAAACUUCAUACCUGUGGUCCACAACUGUUCCCAGUCAGCAAACAUAAUGUUAUGUCCAAAAUCUUGUGCCCAUUUAAUCAUAGCAGAUUUCACCGUUUCAUCCUGAGUAUUCCAUUUCAACAGCAAGUUAUACAUCUUUGACAAAAUCUUAGUUUUGGGUUCUAACAGUUCUGUUUCUAAUUUUGAUUUUUCCACCUGGAAGCCAAUUUUCUUGUCCAAAUUAUAUGCCUCCAUUAUCUGAUAAUAAUGAAGCCAGUCUCGCACUUUAUUUUAGUUUCUCAAAACUCUGCAGUUUCAGUCUAUCUCCCUCUUGUUCCAGAAUUUCCCAAUAUUUCGGCCAUUUGGCCUCCAUAUUGAGCCUUUUCAGAGCUUUCGCUUCCAUCGGUGACAGCCACCUUGGGGUUUUGUUUUCCAGUAAAUCCUUGUAUCUUAUCCAAACAUUAAACAAUGCUUUCCUGACAAUAUGGUUUUUAAAUGCUUUAUGCGCUUUGACCUUGUCAUACCACAGAUAUGCAUGCCAUCCAAAUACAUUGUUAAAACCUUCUAGGUCCAAAAUGUCUGUGUUUUCAAGAAGUAGCCAUUCUUUCAACCAGCAAAAAGCUGCUGAUUCAUAGUAAAGUUUAAAGUCUGGCAGGGCAAAUCCACCCCUUUCCUUUGCAUCAGUUAAUAUCUUAAAUUUUAUUCUGGGCUUCUUGCCCUGCCAGACAAAUCUAGAAAUAUCUCUCUGCCACUUCUUGAAACAAUCCAUCUUGUCCACAAUUUGCAAUGUUUGAAACAAAAACAGCAUUCUAGGCAAUACAUUCAUUUUUAUCAUAGCAAUACGACCCAACAGUGAAAGCUUCAAAUUUGACCAAAUUUCUAAAUCUUUUUCACUUCCGUCCAACAUUUUUCAUAAUUAUCUUUAAAUAAGUUCCCAUUUUUGGCUGUCAUAUUAAUCCCCAGGUAUUUCACUUUCUUAACCACAGUCAAACCUGUCUCAUUCUGAAACCUCUCUCUUUCAAUCGGUGUUAAAUUUUUCUCUAAAACCUUAGUUUUUAACUUGUUCAGUUUAAAUCCUGCCACUUGACCAAAUUCUUGAAUUAGUUCUAAAACCCUUUUAGUACUAGAUUCUGGCUCCUGUAACGUCAAUACUAAGUCAUCUGCAAAUGCUCUCAGUUUGUACUGUUUGGCUCCGACCUGUAUGCCUUUAACCAACCGGUCCCUUCUAAUCAUAUUCAGCAGAACCUCCAGGACCGAUAUAAAAAGCAGUGGGGAGAUUGGGCACCCCUGUCGUGUCCCUUUUUCUAUCUUAAAUUCUCCCGUCACCACAUUAUUCACAAUUAAUUUAGCCUUUUGUUCAGAGUAUAUUGCACCUAUACCAUUUUCAAAACCUUGGCCUGCCCCCAUCUCCUGUAGGUUCUUCUUCAUAAAACUCCAAGAGAUGUUGUCAAAGGCUUUCUCCGCGUCCACAAAUAUCAGAACUGCUUUAGUAUUUAUAUUCACUUAUAAUUUUUCCAAAAUAUCAAUUAUAUUCCUCAAAUUAUCAGACAAGUGUCUUCCCGGGAGAAAGCCCGCUUGGUCUUUAUGAAUCUCUUCCAUCAAUACUUUUUUCAAUCUCUUGGCCAAAAUGUCUGCAAAAAUUUUGUAAUCCACAUUAAGUAACGAUAUAGGGCGGUAGUUCUUAAGCUGAGUCUUUUCAGUCUCUGUUUUCGGUAUAAGUGUAAUGUACGCCUCUUUCCACGACUCUGGUGCCCUUUUCCCUUCCAAUAUUUCAUUGCAGACUUCCUUCAAAGGUUGUAAUAGCCACUCUUUCAAAGAUCUAUAAUAUCUAGAGGUCAGCCCAUCCGGUCCUGGAGAUUUGCCCAAUUGCAUAUUUUGAAUGGCACCUUCUACUUCCUGUUCAGAUAUUUUAUAGUUCAACAUUAAUUUGCUUUCUUGGGAGAAUUUAUGUAAACCAUAAGUCUCCAAAAAUCGGUCUAUGUCCAUUUCUUUCUGUGGCCCUUGUGUGUAUAAUUGUUUAAAAUACCUCUGGAAACAGUUUCUAAUCUCGAUUGGGUUAUGUAUAUUCUUUCCUUCCACUUCUAAGUUUGUAAUAGUAUUUAAUUUUUGUCUUUUUUUCAUUUGCCAGGCCAACAAUUUCCCACAUUUGUUAGCUGAUUCAGAUGCUUUUUGUCUCAUUUGUUCAAUUUUCCAUUCUAUUUCCUGAUUCAUCAUUUCCAUAUAUUGUACUUGGUAUAAUUUUAUUUCUCUCUAAAUCUCCUGCGACUUUGGUUUUGCUCUCAGUUUCUUCUCACUUUCUUUUAUUUUCUCCAAAAUUUUAUCUUUCUUCUCAUUUUGACUUCUCCUCUUUAUUGCAUUCUGUUGUAUCAGAAACCCUCUCAUGACAGCUUUGCUUGCAUCCCAGAUUACUCUUUUUCUACAUUGGUGUUCAUAUUUAUUUCAAAAUAGUCUCUCAAAGUUUUUUGGGCCUUUUUAUACACUUCUUCAUCUCUAAAUAAGGUGUCAUUCAUCCUCCAUCUGAAGGAGCCAGUUGAUAUUUGUUUCAUCUCCAUCCUUACAGCGUUAUGGUCGGAGCAAGUUUUUGGGCAGAUUUCCACUUUCUUUAUCUUUGGUGCCAUUCCUCUAGUUACCCAUAUUUGGUCAAUUCUAGUCCAUGUCAUCUUGGCUUCAGAGAAGAAGGUUCCCUCUCUUCCCAAAGGGUUCUUUACUCUCCAAAUGUCCACUAAAUCCAUAUUGUCUGUCAUCUCAAAAAAUGUUUUCGGUAGUCUACCAUCCUUGGUAACUACCUGUCUUUGUGCCUUGUCCAUGUUUGUAGAUACUACUCCAUUCAUGUCCCCCAUCAAAAUCAGAUUGUAAUCCAAAUAGUCCAAUAAGAUCUCAUGCAACUUUUUAAAAAAUUCAGAUUUCCCUCAUUCGGUGCAUAAAUUCCCAUGAUCAAAAAUUUCUCUCCUUGAACUUGAAUUUCGAUUGCCAAAAAUCUACCUUGUUCAUCUUUAAAAAUUAAUUUCGGUAAUAAUCUCUCCUUUGCAUAUAUCACAACUCCUCUUUUUUUAACUUUGUCAGAUGAGAUAAACUCCUGUCCCAAUCUUUUAUUAAUCAGUAGUUUCCUGUGUAGCCUUGUUACAUGUGUUUCUUGUAAACAAAUCAAGUCCAAUUGUUCCUUUUUUAGUAAAUGAAAAGCACUUUUUCUCUUUCAAGGAGAGUUCAAACCAUUACAAUUCCAACUUAACAGUUGCAGAGCCAUGAUGGGGUUACUUCACUUUGCCUCCAACUGCGCCAAGUGUCUGUUCUUGUUCUGUUGAUGGUGUCUCUUUCUCUGGACCGUGCAAUCCAAAAGAUAAAUUUGCUAUGUCUAGUAUUCCUUUUUCCAGUGCUUUUGGCUCUUCUCCGGAUUCCGCUUCUUUCUGUAGAUCUUCUUCGUAAUCUUUCAAAAACCUAUCUUUAUCGUUGACUGAUCUUAUUUUUAUCUUUCUUCCUUUGUAUUUAAAGGAUAGGCCUUGAGGAAAUUCCCACCUAAAGAUAAUUCUAUUUCUUCUCAACAGGGCAACUAGGUCUCCGUAGUUAAACCUUAAGUCCAAAAGAUGUUUUGGAAUGUCCUUAAAUAUCUCCACACUUGAGUCGUAAAUUUCCAAAGUCUUUUGAUAGUGCAGAUUCAAAAUUUUGUCUCUCUCCUCUUUUGUUCGAAGAGUAAUCAAGCAGUCCCUCACCUUGUUCCUCCUUUGUCCUCUUCCAAGUCUAAAUGCAUUCACUAUCUUAAAUUCUUCCUUCCCCAAAUCCUGUUGCCAAAAAUCUGUAAAUUCCUGUGUAAGAAAUUCAGCCAAAUUAUCUUUCUCACGUUCUGGUGCAGCCCUGAUUCUUAGAUUCCUUUGUUUCUCUUUCAAUUCAAUCAUAGACAGUGUCAAACCGUGGUCCUCCAAUUGCUUGUAUACCGGUGGUAUCUUCUCUUGAGUAGCAGUUGCUAUAUCUUUUGCUUCUUCAGCUAUCUUUCGGGUCAAAGCAGAUUCCUGUAGUAAUUUUUCAAUAGACUCUGUAUUGGUAUUCACCUUCUGUCCCAAAUUAUUAAUGCUUGUUGUAUUCAGGUCAAUUUUAACUGAUGCUUCAGCUACUUGUUUAUUUGUCUCAGCUACCUGCUUAGCUAAAUUUUCCAAAGAUUCAUUAAUUUUUCCAAGUGCAUGUGCCAAAACGUCUUCGGACGACAUAACUUUUGGUUUAACCUGUGGAGGAGCAGCCCAUGAUGUUCCAGAUGCUCCAGAUGUUGAAGCCCUUCGCUGCUGCGCAGUGUCUGUCCGAUAGGGUCUGCCAGACCUAGUAGUUUUUUUCCUGCGCCAGCUCUAACUUUCCUCUCCCAUCUGCCAUAACACUCUCAUGAGAAUUCAAGGUCGAUCCCACGGUUGAAAGUUUAUUUUGAAAUGGAAUUUUCCUCUAACCCAGUUGUUAUUGUAGCAAUGUCAAACCUCCUCUAGGGAGACACAGUAACAGCCAAAGCUUGCAACUUUUAGGGGAAAAAAUGGUCCUUAUAAGUCCCCCAAUUCACCUAAAAACAACAGUUUCAGUUGCACUUAAACAGUUACUUUAGAACCAGGAGAAGUCCAGAAACACUGUAUCUCUUUAGCAGAGUUAGCUGUCAAAAGUCCUCUGCUUACAGAUAGGCUUUUCACAGAGCGGCAUUCAUCUCAGGGCAGUCCGUUCCCAGGUUUUAGACGGUGGAUUUUAACUUCCUUUUCCCUUAUUUUUUUGCAGAUUAGUACAGCUCAAACAUUUCCCCCCUCCUCUCCUGCAAUCCGGAGGGGAGAUCGUUUUCCUGAUGUUGCGAUUUCAGUCUUUUUCAAACGUCUUUCCCAGUUUCCGCUUACAGUCUCUUUGCUUUGAUCUAUCUACAAGAAAGGAAGGCAGACUUCCUGUUUGUACCUUCCCGCUUCGGUGCUGAAUUAGCUUAUUUUUUCCUUUAAAUCCAAUUUAAUCCUACUCACGGGUAGUUGCUUUCAACGUCGAAUUGUCCCAGGAAAAAGUCAGCGCUCUCCGAUAACGGCUAUGCGGCUUCACUCCGCGGAAGAAGCAGUCGACUCUCAGCACCGCGCUGCUCACCCCGUCUCGCUCCCGAACCCUUAAAAAGGGUCCUUUCACGACUUGGGGGGGUGCAAAAGGUGCCCGCCGAGUCCCCACGUUCACAGGCUUCACCCGCCUGUGAUUUUUAAGGGGCCCCCGCUUCGCCGCAGCGGUAGGACCCGAUCCCGCGGAGCUAGUCCCUCAGAGACUCAGAGGGAAUCCGCCAUUAUCGAUGGCGCCGACCCGGAAGUCCCUUUUUUUGGAUUCUAUUUAGGGUAAACAAGUCUUCAUAAUAUCAGUUGCUAUAGGCAUUUCUUUAAAAAGUUAUUCAGUUAAAAGGUGUCUUAAAAGCUAGUCAGGCUUUUCUUUUUAAAAUGUGUGCCAAAGCAGACUGGUAGCUUCCUGUCUUCUAGAUAUUAUGGACUCCAGUUCCCAGCAGCCACAGCCAGCAGAGCCAAUAGUCAGGAGUGAUAGGAGCUGGUGGCCGAAAGAGUGUGGGGGGCGCAUGGGGUUUCUGAGAAGCAGCUGAACAGGAGAAACACAGCUGUCCCUUGAAGAAGCCUGUCUGCUCCAGGGAGCUCUCAUUUUGUCCUUCUCAGGGCACAGGCCUCCGGGGCUCAUGCAGAAAAGCCCACCAGCAGCCCUGGCGUCAAGCAGCCCUGGCUUCAGACAUCAACAGAAUGGCUUAGACUGGUAAGUGCAGCCCCGAGGGAGAGGCCUGCGUGGGGAACCUUUAUUCCGUCAACUGGGGGCGAGGAACUUCAGAGGCCAAAUGAGCCCCCCAGGCCUCUCUGCUUGGGCAGUGUGACCCCUUGGAAGAUUCCCCAGAAGGGAAUAUAACUCUUGGACUGGAGAAGAUUCCUCACCCUUGAAGUAAAGGACCACAUGCCCCCCCCCCCCACAGAGCAGGCUGCUGGAUUAGAGACAGGUUCCUCUUGCCAGACAAUGCUAAACUAAUAACUUGCAGAGGCCUUUUGAAGUUAAGGCAGAGGCUACAGGUUGCCCAGCAUUGCCUUAGGGUAGACCCUUGGUUUUCAGCCCGUGUGCUGUGGCCCCUGGGGGGACGUGAGGAACAUUCAGGAGAGCCCAGAGGGCCGUCUUGUCAUGAACUUGCAGCCCAUAUUUUCCUGCAUUCAUAUUCAUUCUCUCUCUCUCUCUCUCUCUCUCUCUCUCUCUCUCUCUCUCUCUCUCUCUCUAUCUCUCAGGGGAACCAGCAGCUUUAACUUGCAGCCCAUUAUCUUCCCUAAAUAACACAAUGGCAAAAAGGGGAGGGGAAUACUUUUGCAUGACUGUUUAUCUUCUUAAAAUCUUUUCCCCCUCCCGCAAACAAAAAUCCUCCCCGGCUUCAGUAACCACCACCUUAGACCCAUCAAGGGAGACAAAGGGAUGCAUCUUCCUAGGAUUAAUCUACAGUACAGACUUAAAAACAAUUUGUAAUUCUGUGCAUAUUUUCUCAGAAGCAAGUCCCACUUCUCCCUAGAAACUCUGCAUAUGUUAGCAGCCCUAACAUCCAUUCCCUUUCUCAGGGGACCUGGGUAUUAUAGUUCCUGGGGGAGAGCUAAGGAUCCUGUUUCUCAGCUGUCUCACCAAACUAUAGUUCCCAGGAGGUAUUAUAAAACAGGGAAUAUGUGCAUGUAUGCUGAGAGCAUUAAAAAUGAAAGUAAGUCACUUACACAGCCACCUUGCUUUUUGGUGGGUUCGGAGGCAGUGUGCUGUGGAUGUGGCCAAUGAGGGAAGGGGAAGAUUUGUAAACUUAAGGGGCAAGCUGUGCCCCCUGCAGUUGCGUUUUGUAACUUGGGGAUAGUUAGCCUCACUGUGACUUAGGAAGUAUGAGCGCCAUACUAGACAUUAUGUGAAAUAAACAAUAGCCGUCACAGGGUGUGUGAGAGCAGGAAGGAAGACUACAGCCUGAUUUAAAAGCACACAUGUAAGCUGCUAUUGAUGCCAAUUUCAGCUACUCUCUCAGGACAAACUGCAGAUCUGGGCAGGAGGUCUUUUUUGUCAGGACCACAGUGUGGGAGGAAGUGGUUGACUCCCCACCUCUGGGUGCUGUGGUCUCAGUCCUGAUUGGUGGGCACUGGCUGCUCUUAAAACAAACAGGUGAAAUGGCAAGCACACAUUUUGCUUCUUUAGGUUCUGAAAGGCUCUGUAAAGGAUAACACACCCAUCUGAAUCUAUGUGUGUUCCAGUGCCCAACUGUGCACUGGGGGGAGCUGUGGAGCAUGCCAGCAGAAAGUGGAUUUUGGAAUUCUGCUUGGCAGAACAAUUGGCUGCUAGACCAAUUGGUGUAGAUGGGUCCUUGAUAUCUUGACUUGAUGACUUAUCACUUGAGCACCAGCAGCUGAAUGCAGGAGCUUCCUCCACUCAGACCGUUGGUUCUGAGAUGAGGUCAGGUGGUCAGAGGUGUAGCUGCUGCGGGAAAAGUUUUGUCACCCCCCUCCCCAUCGGCGGCUUGGGGUAGGCUUGGGGUUAUGGGCACCCUGGAACUUCCUUUGGGCUCUGCUACAUAUUUAGUCAGCCUCGAUCGUGGCACCUUCAGGCACUUUGCUCCCUGGCACGCAAGGGAUCCCUCAGGGCUCCUUUGUGCACUGUCCUUUUUCCCCGCCACCAAAAGCACGUGUGGCCGCGGAGCUCUCACCGCCUCCUGCCGGGCUGGGGAUCUUCAGCCAAGCACGGCAGCUGCCUCUUGGUUAACGCAGCUCUGUCCAUGCCUCCUUGCUCUCCCUCUGCGAGGUGCGCGAGAGGAGGGUGGCGAAGCCAGCGUUAGCAGCCCGACGGAGGUUAAAUCAGGAGGUGGACAGCAGCUACCUCACUUCGGGAAGUGGCAGCAGCAGCGGGCAUCGCUGGGCUGCAUGUUGGAGAGGCUUAUCUUUGGCGCUUGGCUCCCGGGCAGGCCUCUUCUCGAGCGCAAGGAAGGCCAGCGUGGCGCCUGCCCGACCUCCCGCUUGCCCGCCUGUUCACAACGGCGAGGGCUGCCUCCUGUUCUGCCUCCAGGCCCCUGUGCUCCGUCAGGCCACAGCGCUCCCGUUCCCAGUGUGGUAGAGGCCGCUGGCGGGCUCUGGGUCGCCUUUUUGGUCCUUGCGUGGGCACCCCCGGCUCCCCUCUGGUCGCGGCGGUUGUGGCAGGAGGUUUUACGGCUCAGGGAUCGGCUAGGCAGUGCAGCUGGUGCUGGCUGCCCUUGAGCUUUGCACCACUGUGUGCCCACCACUUUGCCUCGCCUGAAGUCCUCAGGAUUCACCCUUUCUGGGUUCCGAACCGGCAGGCAAAAUGAGGCGGGGGAGGGUCUUAUUGUUUGUAUACCUCCUUGCGUCUGGCCCCUGGCGGGUCAUCCUUCUUUCCCAGUGGCACGUGCGCACGUUUUAAAUAACAUUAUUUAUUUAUUUAUUUUUAAGUGUUGUGAGCCCCCCGCUUUUGAAAACAUAUUUUUGCCAAUUUUUCACUCCCCUUAGAGAUGUCACCCGGGGCAGCCUGCACUCACCACACCCCCCUUCCUCCGCCACUGCAGGUGGUACAGAAGUGCGCUCUGCAGUGGUUUCAUGGCCAUUUUGCAACAUUUGCUUUGCAACAGUCCCGUGAUGUUGCCAUGUGUGUGCAAAGGACACCCCCUGAAAGAAAGGCAUAGGGGGCAGAGGAAGCAGGGCCAGCCCUAUCAUUAGGCGGAGUGAGGCAGCUGCCUCAGGCAGCAGACGAUGGGAGUCUCAGGUUCAGUCCCCAGCAUUUCCAAGUAGGGCUGGGAAUGUCCCUUGCUUGAAAGCUUGACCAGCCCCUUCCGGUCAGUGUAGACAAUACUGAGGUAGAUGGUCUGACUUAGUAGGAAGCAUCUUCCUAUGUUCCAGUCCAGGGCACAACACGGCUAUCCAUUGCAGCAGCCCCUGCUGAAAUGUGUCUUGCCUGCCUUUGAAGACUCGGGGGGGGGGGGGAGAGUCGCAGGUGCAAGAAGUGACUCACAGCCCCUUUGAGAUUCUGUUCUUUCUCUUGCAGGAGAAAUUGGGAAGCAGCUGAUGCUGCAGCCAUGGAGCCCAAGAGCAUUUUUGACUAUGAACCUGGGAAGUCAUCCAUCCUCGAUUAUCCCAGCUCGGUAUGCAAGCCUCCCUGGAUUUAAGUGUGCCUGGAUGUAGUUGUGACUGAACUAGCAGUAGACCCAGAUUGUGUCUGGACUGGAUCACAUAUUGUCAGUCAGCUGUCUGAAGGACAAGACUGCAUUGCUCUGCACAUUUCCUGGCGUGUCAACCCCACUGAACUCCGUGAGGCACGUUGUUCACAUGUAGUGUCACACUGCACAACUCUUUGUGCUCAUAUUUGAAAGCAAGGAUGUGGAACAAUGGUUGCAACAUAUGGAGAAUAACUUAUUGAAGCGGGAAAUCCCAGCCACUCGCCCCCUCCUCCCCCUUCUCAACUGUCCUCAUUCAGACCAAGGGAUGUGUGUCCUGCUUGAGGAUUCCCUCCAAUACAGCAGCCUCUUUACUGAUGCUUUGAUUUGCCCUUUGCAGCCUUCGAAGCCCCUCACGGCAUAUUCAGCACAAGGCCGCCCCCCCUCCCCGCCCAUUGAGGUGAGUAUUCUGCAGUGCCAAGGGUGAGGCAUGCGUAGCCUGGGGUCGCAAAGCAAGACCUGGGAUCCAGCCAAGCCUAUGCUAUGCACUUCCUUGGGGGCAGGGGGAAGCUAGCGUGGAGACUCACUGAGCCAGGAGGAGGGGAUGGGGCUGUGCUUGAGAUCCUCCCUGCUGGCUUCUCCCAAGACUGCCGGAAAGCAGCUGUGUUUACUGGCUUCCAUGGAGUAGGAUUCUUUGUUAUUUCCUCUCCCCCCUCCUCUGCCUUCAAGAUGGUCCUCCGCACUGCAGAUGCACUGCCAAGAUCUGCAUGCUGUGGAUGGGGAAGAAUGCUCUAGGUCACCAUUCAGAGCAGGAGCCCUGCUGCUGUGGUCCCCAAAUAGGUCUGACAGAACCAGGUGCACCUUGCGUGCUCUAGUCAGGGUCAUGCACACCCCACACUAAAAUAUUUAAAAUCUGCAUCCAGACCAUUCUGAUUCCACAUAAAGAAAUACUCAUUUCUGCGACUGGUGUGAAUUGUGCGAAUGAAGCACAAUUAGGGUUAGGGUUAGGGUUGGGUUAUUUCAGCAGGAAGCUAUGCAGGUAAUGCAGCAGGGCAACCCAGAAGUAGCCUCCAGCAUCUAGGACUUCCAAAGCUACACCUGGAGCCAUAAGGACUUGAGACUUUGUUUUGAAUUUAAAAAAUGAUAUUUCCAAGAAGCCAAAUCCUGCAUCCAGUAUUACAUUCUGCACUCUUGUUGAAUCACGCGUAUAUGUGGUUCUAGAUAUAGCACCUCAUUACCUUUGCCAUUAUGACAUUAUAGUUCCCUUUCACUGCAAUGUGUGUCGGCCCCUGCUGCUGCCAGAAAUCAAGGCCAUCCUCGCUUUGGGUGUAAUGUUUAAGCUACCCAUCUCAUUGCCUUUGCAAUCACCCUAAAUUGCCACCCUAUAACUCUUGUUCUGACUUGCCUGCAACGAAAUGGUUAAUAGCUGCUUGAGGCCUGAUUGGCGCCUGCACAUUAAGAAGCGACUUCCAGAGGAGCAGCUGUGUUAGUCUUGCAGCAAAAACAACAGAGUUUUGUGGGACCUGAAAAGAGCAGUAGGAUUACUGUGGCAUACCUUUUUAGGGACUGGAGUCCACUUCAGCAGAUGUGUGAUGCAAGUUUCCACAACAGUGAAAAAGCUUUCAGGCACAUAAAAUGCACAGCAGCAGCCCAGCCAUAUCAAAUUCAAGUUAACACCACAGUGGUGAGAAGCCCGAGGGAAAAAAAAGGUGGUCCCUGGAAGAUAUAAGAUUUGGUGCCAGGCACACCUUUCUGAACAGAGUUCUAAAACAAGGGCACCACUGCAGAGAAGGCUCAGCUUGGCAUAAUCGUACAGAGAUGUACCUUGUUUUGAGACAUUCUUAACACCCACAUUGCUCACAUACCCCUGAAUGGGGUAUACAAAUCAGGACUGUGGCACUGUAACAAGCCGUUGCCAGCAAGCCAGUCUUAAGUCAUGGCUGCUUGUUGAAUUGCUCAUCAUGAUGUGCUAGCGUUAGGAUCUACUCACAACAGGAGAGGAUUGAAGGCCGGGGAGGGGGCCAGUUAGGCUAUGUGCACCGGCUGGGUUGGGGGAGACAUUUAGUGCAGCUUGCAUUCAAAUCUACCUAACUGACACUUCCCAAAGCAAUAUGCAAAGUGAAACACAGCCAUCCUUUAAAAUUUGCACUUCUCCUAAUUUUGCAGUGCAGUUCUCCAACCCAAAACUAUGUGCAUAAAUGUGUAUAUUAGGCAAAAACAUGCACAAAUUCAUGAAAAGUGCAUAAAAAUGUAUUGUAACGCGUGGUUUUUUUAGUAUAUUAGAAAUGCACACUGAAAUGAUGAGUUUUUGUGAUGACUUUUUUUUAAAAAAAAAUCACAAACUGAUGCUGAAAUGGGGUGAGAACUGAAUUUUAUCAUUGGAAAAAUGAGAGAGAGAUUGAAAAUGAGAUUCCUCCAUCCCUGGCAUCAGAAUGCUGCUAAUUCAUAGUAAAUUACGAUGAGCUGGAAUCUCUUAUUCCAUCCAGCCUCCUUAUAAAUUCAGAAUCAUUCUCCUUGCACAGCAGGCUUCUGCCACUCAGGUCAGAGCAUCCUUGUGCAACCUAGUUCUCACACUAAGGUAGAUGAACUGAGUCUGGGCUGUAGCACUGCAGUCUGCAGGUGGGCGUUCACAUGAUGGAAUUCUCCCAAUGAGAAAUAAAAUGCCUUGCACAUGGAAAACCAGCAUGUCAUGGAGGAGGGUUGUAAGCUAACCUUUUUCCUGGCAUACUAGCUUUCUAUGUGUAGGAUUCCUCCCCCACCUGCAGGCUAAAUCAAGCCACAGAUUUACCCUUUUGGUGAAAAACGAGAGCUCUUUGCCCAUAGCUGUCUGUCCAUCUCUGUGUGGUGUUCUUAAGACUACACAGAAGGCUGCUCCAUUGAGCUCAGCAGGACUUCUUCUAUGCAUGCAGUAUCUGGUGGCUUAAGGAGCCACUUCACAUGACAGUGUCUGCGAACCUUGUUUCCCAGGCGUUUCUGUGCACGUGGCCCCAUCGCUGCCUCAUGCUUCUCUCUUGACUCUCAUGAAGCCACUGCAGGCUUCUGCCUACAGCCCCCCCCCCACUGCCUCUUUCUUCCCUCUUUCAGGAGUUGCUGGAGAGGGAGCUGCAGCAGCUGAGUGAAGAGCUGGACAAGGACAUCAGGGCCAUUGAGCUUUCCCUCAAGGUAACUCUUGCCGUGCUGCCCUUGCUGCCUGUGGCUCCUGCUUCCCUCUGCAGGGACGGCAUGGCUGCCUAAAGGCCUUCUUAGGAUGCUGGGCACUCUUCUUCACCACCCUUGUACCAUUUGGGCUUACUCAGGCAGGUGAGCCGAGGGCUGGAACCUCAACAUCUUAAGGAUAAGACUAAUCCCUAGUUGAUUGGAUAGAGGGGUGGUACUGGAACCAUUAAGACGAAUCACAUUUCAGACUUAAUUUAAACUAAUGAAAUGGUUCACUUCUCUUGCAUUAGCAAAUCAACAUAAUGUCUAAAAUAAUAAAUGCUUUGCCAAUCAUUCCUGACUGUUUUCAAUGUACCUUCUCUUUGAUGUACAGUAUCAAUCUAUUUUUGUCGCUAUUUCCACCCAGUGUAGGAAGAGAAACAAGCUUGCAGUGUUAACCCACCUAAUUCAGGCUAUGAACCAAGCCAGGGUUUGUGGCUUUUUGUGGUUUAUUGUGGAAAAGCUGAAUGCUAUUGCAUGUGCCCCAACUGCUUCUGCUUCAACUUUCCCCUGGCGCAAGCAGAAGAAACAAAUCAGGAAGAUUUGCGCUCCUGUUAUGUCUAAACCAGGAAUUGCAGUUUGUUGCUUCCUAAUGUGCUACAGUAAGCCAGCAACAAACCAUGGUUUAAGGUUGGCUUGUUGUGAUUGCUGCUUGUUAGGGAGAAACCAAUAGCAACCUUUGGUUCAGAUGUGCACACAUACGCUGCUCACACUCAGUAAACCACGAUAAACCAGAAACUCCCGUUUAUCCUUUAGCGUUUCCCAUCAGUGGGAUUGACUCUGCAGGUAAGUUUCUGUAGAAUUGUAGCCUUAAAAGCACUGUGAUUAUUUGAAAUUUUAUUUACAGCACAACUCUGUGCAUGUUCAUGUGAGAGUCUGAGUGUGUGCAACAGAGUGUGCUUCCAGGACUGCAGCUCCAGCCUUGCAGGUGUAAUGGAUCAGCCUUCCUCAGCUGGCUCCUCUUCAGAGGUUAUGUACUAGUACUGCAACUCCCAUCAGCCCCAGUCAACAGGCUGACCUGACCGGGGUGAUGGGAGUUGUAGUUUCACGCAGGUUGCACUAGGCCAUUGAAAAGCAUUUUAUAUGGCGCCUCUCUGAGAAAGGGGAGCCGCUUUAUGGCAGCGUGUCCUGCCCUGCGCUUCUGCUGACUCCCGGACCAGCUGGCAAAGAAUCGAAUCCACAACGAAAGCAACUUAAAGCAUCAUAAAAACAAGUCUGAGAGCGGGUGGCUUCGCUAGUCGUCUCGUAAUCGCGGGUCCCCGGCCCCGCGCAGCGCCUGCCCGCUUCCUCGGAAGCUCCGCCCGGCUCGGCGGCGGACCUGCUGGCCUUUAGGACCCGCCCGGCUCCCGCCCGCCGCCCGCCCGCCCCGCCCGCGGCCAGCAAGUUGGCGGCGGACUCUCUUCCGCGCGGGACGCGGCCAGGGCCGCCUCUCCCCGCCCGCCCGCUCAGCGCCGCGCUCUCUCCCGUCUCUCCGCAGGGCUCCUCCCGGGCCGCGUCGUCCGGCUGCGCCGCUGCUGCUGCUGCUGCUCCGGCCUCGGCUGCCCGCCGGUGAGUAGGGGCGGGGGGGGGCCGGGGCGAGGAGUGGCGUCACCCCAGAAGCAUCUGGGCCGGAUCCGCGGCGGGGGGGGAGGAGCAGCAUUUGGGCAUUCAGGAGGCGGGGGGGGGGGCAGCUCCCUCUCUCGCCGAAGCUCUUUGGAGCGCGUGUACUACAGGUACCCAAAGGCUUUCCAACGCAGGACCCACUUUGAACCCGAACCUGCAUCGGGGACCGAGUUCCGAAACUGCGUGGCGGCCGUGCUCCUGCCGGGGCUGGAGAAUGAGGCUCUUAAUCUCUGGGUGGAGGGUUCGAGCCCCAUGGUGGGCAAAAGAUUCCUGCAUUGCAGGGGGUUGGACUAGAUGACCUUCGUGGUUCCUUCCCACGCUAAAACUCACCUUGGAUCAGGGCUCCCGCUGAAGACCACUGGCGGAGUAUUAGUGCGGGCAGCACAGCUUUGUGGCGGGAGCUUGCAGAAGGGACCUUGCAGCCUUUGCCCAAUGAAGCCUCUGUGAUUAGGAGCAGAGUACAAACAGCAGUUUAUUGGAUGACAGCCCUGAAGUUUGGCGCUUUCAGACUGGGCUUGCCAUACCUGCUCUUCAGGCAGUCGGGUUGUCUUGCUUCACUUACUUUGAAAUGUGGCAAGCAGCCCCUCCAGCGCCUUCCCUUGGAUGGCGCUCUGGAUUCCUGCCCCUGGUGGCUACCAGCCAGGUAGAAGACGCCGCCCCACCUGAGCACCCCAGAGGCAACUGGCUCAGUGUUAGUAAAAGCAAAGCAGCAUUUAGUAGAAGUGACGGCUCUUUAUUUUAUCUGAUCCAACAAGACUUUUGUCAGAAUCUAUUCCUGUUGCACAUAUCCUGCCCCACAAGGAAAACAAGAAAGAUAAGCCUGGGGUCAUUUGCAAAGAGGAACCGUUCACUGGAGCACAAGAAGGUGUUUUAUAGCAAGUAGCAUUGUUUACUGACAGCUGCUCUCCGGCAUUUCCGGCAGGGAAUCUCUCCCAGCCCUGUCUGCACCUGGGCUCUUCUGCAUGCCAAGCAGGUGCUCUGAUCGCUGUGCCACAGCGCUCCUUCAACCAGCAGGCCUGUCUGGGAUUGUGGGCGGACUGAUAGGAAAUAGAACCUGUGCACUGGACAUGCCAGUUUCUAAUUUGUGGAGUUUGUCUUAAGCAGCUGGCUGUAUCUUGGCUUCCCUUUCUUACUCUUGGGUGCUUGCAGUUGGGGCAAAAGUGUGACAAGUCCCUAUAAAAGGGUGUGGCUGUAGGAAUAUGGCAGUAGAAGAAACGCUGGCCUGCCACUCUUUGUCACAUUCAUCCAAGUCUGGAGGCAAGCUUGUUGUUGUGGCAGCUUAUCGAUUGCCACAGCCCUGCUUUAAAGAGGAGCCUAAGGGCUGCAGCUGUAGCCUCUCUGCAUGUUUAGGAACCUUGCAAGGAGCCUAUGCACUUCAGAGCAUUUGCACACAGACAUUGUUUCCACCACACACACACCCCGUCAGUGGCCCAGAGAAUGGCACGGCUGCAUGCUUUGGGGGUCUUGAAGAUUAGUGGCAGGCCACUGUCCUGUGAGCCGCUCCGUUCUCACUUGGAUGCAUGGAGCACCCAAGAGAAGUCUGUUUGCACACCUGCCUCUUCCAGGACUAAGGAGCCCACGGAGGACGCCUUUUGUGAGGCAGGCCCCAAGCACUUUUCCGUCUGGGGUGGAGCAGCAGAUGCCCCCCCCCCCCACAAGAUCAUGGUACCAAACCCAAGCUUGAUCAAGUUAUUCUGGCACCUGAAAAUCCCUCAAGUGUCUCUCCUAUGGGAGUGAAAAAUAGAAUAAUAAUAAAGCAAGUAACAAUUUGCUGCCCUUUCAUGUAAGCCCAAAUCAGCUGUUCCAUUCUCCGCAAUGGUAGGGCUGGCCCUGGGAGCUCCCACCACCCACAUUGCGGAGUAGCCAGCACUGCCGUUACUGUUAAAAUUCAAGGUUCAAUACCCCAACACAUGUGCAAGAGAUUUAAUGAUCACCAUGAGGGAAACUUCUAGCUUCUGCCAAGUGGUCCUGUGACCCGUCUGCCCCAUUUCACAGUCAUCUGAUGAGUUUGGAUGAGAAGAUGCUUUAGAUUAGCUGAGAGUGACCCAAUAUAUUUCUGGUCAGAAACCCAGAUGACACCCCCACUACCCCACUUAAUAAGGGGCAUGAUUCGCCAGUUCUCCUGCAAAAGUUGCAUUGAAAUUAAUGAGGGCACUUUCUGUAUGGGAUGUUGCUCUUCUCUCUGCCUUUCUCAAGGGCAUUUAUCACCCUAAAACCUUAUUGGGAAAACAGACAAAAGAAUUUAUUCCCAGCUCCAAUCCACUUUUCCUUGCAGGCCCUACCAUAUUCUAGAACAGGCUUCCUUAACCUCGGCCCUCCAGAUGUUUUGAGACUACACUUCCCACCAUCCCUGACCACUGGUCCUGCUAGCUAGGGAUCAUGGGAGUUGUAGGCCAAAAACAUCUGGAGGGCUGAGGUUGAGGAAGCCUGUUCUAGGGACUAUUGUUGUUUGUUGGUGUUAUUUUCUUGUUCUUCUAAUGCUUCUGCUAGACUUGCAUUUAAAGGAUGUUUCGUAUAGGAUUGGCAACCUUGCUGCAGAGAUAACUGAUGCUGUUGAAUUACAGUUCCCCUCAUCCCUGGAUUAUUGGCCCUGCUGGCUGGGACUGAGAGCAGGAGGGCACCAUGUUGUCUACCCCUGCCUUGUUGUGUUGUUUCCUUUUAAAAAAAACAAAAACUAAAUAUAAUAUGUAAUGUGGUCAGAGCACAUCACAUGCACUAUCUCAGGCAUUAUUAUGACGACCCCAUAAAUAGAUCAGUGUUACCCCCUACUACAGAGAUGGGGGUUAAGGAAAUUGCUUGCUGAAGGCUAGUUCACAAAUUCAUGGCUGAGAGAGUUCAAAUGUUUAAUAGCUUACUCUGUUAACCACUCUGCUUUUGUUGUUUGGCAGUGGAAAUUUCAUGGCUUUAGGCAUUUCAAUAUAUGCAGAAAAGCAACAGCACAAACACCCCAGGUCCCUCUAGAAAUGGGUCUACCUGCAUUCCUGAUCAUGUGCUCUUGGGGGGGGGGUCUCGUGUGUCUCUUGUACCCCAAGCAGAUGGUGAGAUGGAUCUCCUGCUUAUUUAUUUAACAGCAGCCCCGGGAGGAGGAGGGAAUGGCUUCAAAUCAAGGCCAUGGUGCUGAGGGAAUCAAUGGGGAAGGGACCCUUUCUCUUGUUCCUGCCCCCCAACAGAAAUCCCCACUGAGCCAAAAGUGCUGUUUGCCCAACUGUGAAUCUGCAUAGUUACCCUGUGGGCAGCUUCCAAGGCAGUAGUUCAGUUUGGGUGAAUUGGCCCAGGGAAAGGAUUGGCUCAGCCUCUCCUCCAGGCUCCACCUGCGGCUGCCUUUAGAUAAAGACAGAACCUGCUCUCAGGUCUCCCACCCCACAUCUUCCAGGGGGGCCCUCAGCCUAGUUCCUCGCGUUUCCCCCUCCCACCCCCCCUGCUCACUUGGCCUGCAAAGGGGUUCUGCCCCUUUAAAUACUAAAAACCGCUAAAGUUAAACUUCAGCAAAAUAGCUGCUGCCUGCCAGACUCUUGUUGCCGCCUCAGUGCUUCCUGUUGAGCUUGGCCUCUGCUUGCCAAGACAGCUCCAGGGGCCCUGGGCUGGGAGAAGGAUUACAGGCAGGCCCACCAGCCCUAGCGGGAAAUGGGGAGGGACAGGGCUGGAAAGGACCUGGAGCUCCAGGCCUCUUGCUGCCUCGGACCUGCUUCUAAAUGGACUUCACACAGUGCAGAGGAGACCAGGGAUCCCCUCCCACAAGAGCAGUCAUGGCCACCCACCGGGAUGGCUUGAACAGAGGAUUAGGGAAAUUCAUGGAAGAUGGGGCUGUCAGUGGCUUGUAGCCACAGGGACAGUGGUCUGAAUGCUCCUUCUAGGAAUCACAGGUGGGGUGAGGGCCGCUACCCGGGGGUCCGGCUUGCAAGUUUCCCAUAGAUCACACAGUGCUGGACUUGGGCAUUUGUUUUGAUCCAGCAGGGCUCCUUUUAGGUCUUUAAUUGCUGGUUCUUUGGUUGGCAUCUUGUUUUUCUUCAGUUCUUACAGGGCAAUCUUUGCCAACCUGGUACCCUCCAGAUGUUUUAGGCCAGGCAUAGGCAAACUUGGCCCUCCAGAUGUUUUGGGAUACAGCUCCCAUGAUCCCUAGCUAGCAGGACCAGUGGUCAGGGAUGAUGGGAAUUGUAGUCUCAAAACAUCUGGAGGGCCGAGGUUGAGGAAGCCUGGGUUGGCCAAAGCUGAUAUAGGACAUGUUUCUCCUGUUUGAAAGAGCUGUGAUGAAAUCACAGGCGUGGGGUGAUUCUGGCCAGAUUCUGUGCGUGGAAUGUGCAGAGACAGAGCAGGGCAUCAGUGAACCAGUUUGUAUCUCUGUGUUGUGGGUGUAGGAAAUGUGGGAGGAGGCUGAUUUGGACCGUUGUGCUUUAUGUGGCAAGGCAGGGCUUCUGUCAAAAAAAUAGUUUUGUGAAUUCAUUCAGAAUAUUAGAUCUGUAGUAAUUGAUUCCCUCCCCCAUUUGCUGUAUUCCCCAAUUAAAAUCUUCCCUCUCCCUUCCAGCUGUUCUGUGCCCCACAUGAUAGCUAUAAGUUUCCCUCUAUGGAAAAUAAGCAACUUGCAAGCUCAUUUAAAGUACUGGAGAAAAUAUUAGAGAUCAGGCAACGUCUUAAAUGUUCAUUAGCUGUGCAAACUAGCAUUUCAUUUCGAUAUCAUUCAUCUUCUAAGACAGGUAUCUCAUGCUGCUGCAUCUGUCUCUCCUGGCCCUGAGAAAUGGUGGAGAGGCCAGUUGACAUUUGAGCUUGAAAUAGAGAAUAGCGACAUAUGCUUACACACCACACUUUUUAUUGUGAGCUGUUGAUAUUCAAAGGAGAUAAGUUACAAUAUAUUUUAAAUCAUUUCUGGCCAAUUUGAAAAUUAGUGUAGAGUUUGAGCUGGUGUUUGAACUCAAGUUUGUUGAGUCACAAAUUUGCAUGCCAAAAUAAUAUUAAUUUACUCUGAUUCAAAGAUUAUUGGCUGCAGCAGGUACACACCAUUAUAGAGAAGAAAUCCCCAUACUCUCAUCUGCCCAACAAAUGGCUGAUUGGGUUGAGAGAUCACAGGAGGUGGAUCAAGUUUGCAAGGUUGCUUGAGUUCAAAAUGUGAGAGAAAUGCUGUGCUAAGCAUGAGAACAGAAUGAUUUGUCCAAGAGCCUCAGCUGAAGGAAUGAUCUCCCGGGUCCAUUUCCAAAAUCCCCAUUUACUCAGCCAUGCACUCUCUCUCACUGUACCUCCAUUUUUUCCAACCCAGCAGCCCUCUGCCUGACCGCAGCGCCUAUCCUUCCACAGGACAAAGCCUCUCUGUGGUUCAGGGCCACUUACCAGCCAGCCCUAGAAUGGAGAAAGGAAGUCCAGGCGUUGCCAGGAAUAACUGGAACAGCUCUCCACCCAGGAAUGGUAUGGCUCCGAAUUUGCAUGUGCUCCUUAUGGGAACUAGCAAAACUUCAAAGAGACUUACGGAAGUUCUUCUGAUGGUGGAGAUGUUCUUGUUCGCUUGGAAAAUGCCGGUGUACCUUCCUAAGGGAUGCUCUGGCUCCUAAAGCAGGAUGCUUAUUGUCCAGAUCAGAGCAGCCGUUGUCACUGUGAGUGGGGGGAUCUGUGAGAGCUAAAGCCCCUCUCUGAGUAUGGAAUUGUGGGCAUUGGGUGCACUCUGUAUGUUUGCACACAACAAGCGCUGUGCAGGUGCGCCCUUAUUGCUGUGCCAUUGACGGAGGAACCGAGGUGGUUCAAGCGUUGUGGCAGGGGGAACAUACACUCCAUGUCAGAAUGUAAGUAGGAACUGCAUCCUUGAAAGCUUCCCAUAUUCAACAACUCCCUGCAGCUGGAAAGGUAGCAUAUCAAGGAGAAGGCUCACCUAGAACCCUCCUUUCAGAUAUGCUAGAUUUCUACAUGUAGGGAAAUUUGUUUUUUUAAAAACCUUAGACACCCACAUCUUCUAUCUUCAUUAUGAAGUGGUUGGUCCUAAGAGAACUAUCUGAGCCACAUGCCCUCUCACAAAUGUUUGAAUCUGCUCAGAGACGUAUAUGUGGGAAGUGAACCACCUAAGUAUGUAACAGAACUAAGAGUAAUACCAAUUCCUCCUUUUUUCCACCAUGAUGCCCAACCCACCCACUCACCAAGGCCUGGCUUGCUAAUACCCCUUGCUAAUAAGAUGCACCCAAGUCUACAAACAUUUGGUUUGAAAUCCUUAGUUUGUGUUGGAAAUGUAUCUUAGUUAUGGCUGAUGGCCAGCUGUUCUACUGCCUAGGGCCAGAUUCAUACUGAGAGGAAUGUGAGGCUUUAGCUUGCCCAGUAGCCUUUCUCUUUAACCCUGAGUGCAUGCGGACUAGAUUUAGUGAUUCAGUCGUGAAGGCAAAACACUCUGCACAUGCCUAGACGUACUCAUCUCUAGCUAUCUCACAGCUGCUUGCCAUGUUCUGAGGCCUAACCUUGAAUUUUGACUUCCAGAAGUGUGCUAUGGUUCAAGUUAAGUUCUGCCUUUUCUUCUGACUUUGACCACCACAGUCCUCUGAAUAUAUGUGAGCAUUCCUUUGUGGGGAACACUGUUAUCCAGCUGUUGUCUCGUUCUUUUCACACAGAUCCUCUGAGACUUGUUGGGAUAAGCCCCUUUCUUGAUUCUUCAGAAAUUGUCUUGGAUAGUCCCCCAAAGAGAGAUGAGAAGAAGGUGAGAUGUGGCUUCCACCCAAGAGGAGAUGGAUGACGGGUUUUGUUUACACACCUGGACUGGGUUUAUCAUUGGACAUCUUUGCACGAGACAUAAAUUCAUUUAGCACAUAUUCCAUCUCCUGGGAAGCCCUGCGGGUUGCAGUUCUGUGAGAGCCUUUCAGACACUGUAGCAGAUAAUCUUCUCCAUGCUACAAUCAAUUCCCAAUAUUUCUUGCUGGAAACUUUGACUAUUGGAACUAUUAUAAUACAGUGGUACCUCGGGUUACAUACACUUCAGGUUACAUACGCUUCAGGUUACAGACUCUGCUAACCCAGAAAUAGUACCUCGGGUUAAGAACUCCUCUUCAGGAUGAGAACAGAAAUGGCGUGGCCCCAUUAGCUAAAGUGGUGCUUCAGGUUAAGAACAGUUUCAGAUUAAGAACGGACCUCCGGAAUGAAUUAAGUACUUUACCCGAGGUACCACUGUACCAUUAGGAAAUGGUAAUGUAUAUAUAGCUACUUUUAUGGUCCAAUUUCCCCUCAAACCAGGCUAAAUUUCUUAAACAUAAUGAGCUGUGCCCAAUGUUCUCUGUACAACAGCUGCACUAGCAGGAACACGUUGCACAACAAAGUUAUCAGCAACCUCCUUAUUCUGUUGGUGCAAAAUAUUUUGCCAGGGAAACAAGCAUACCUCUAAGUGACUUGUAACGUAGUGCCAAAUUGGAUGCAACCACUUAAAAUAUUCUUAAAUAUCUUAAAAUGUUAGCUCCUAUGUCAUCUUAGUGUAAAUUGUUAAACAUCAUCAUCAUCGUCAUCAUCGUUAUUAUUACAUUUUAUAACCUGCCCUUCAUCCACAGAUCUCUGGGCAGUUCACAAUAUAAAAAUACAGGAUAGAAGCACAAAAUAAAUAGUUAAUAUAAAAACAAAACAGAACUUUGUUUUCCUUGUAGCAUAUGCUGCUGCUCUGAGCAAUGGGCCAUAUUCAUACAAAUGGUUGGUUUGGACCAGCAAAUCAUUAAUCUGCUGCAACUUCUGUUCUUCUCCCACUAAGAGCAAAAUUGAAUUGAUGAGGGACGAAUGCAGCAGGCUUUACUUUAAAGAGGAUUAUGCACCCCAGUCUUGUGGGGCUUUCUGGCAAUUACCAGUUUAGGGCCAGUCCAGCUGUCCACCCUUGAUAGGAAUCCUUCCUUUCUGAAAGUGAGGCACAAUGGAAGAGAAUCCGGGAAUCUUUUGCAGGAAUUUGGUCAGGACAAAUCCUCUCUAGCUGGGAAUGUGAGCCUCGUUUCGUUUUUACUCCAAGGGUUGCCUGUGGCUUAGUGAGUCUUGUUCACUUCUGGCACUCGUGAUUCAGGCCAGAGAUUUUCAAUGCCAUUAUUCACUUGGUUUUGUGUUGUGCUGGCAAGAUGCCCAGAUUCCCUUUUAAAACCUGAUGGCUUUGAAUUGCAUCUUUUAACUCCAUGUCUCCUUUUAAAUAGUUUUCUCCUCUUUCCAGAUGAAAGCUGCUCGGCUCAAAUUUGACUUCCAGGCAGAGUCGCCAAAGUGAGUCGCAAUACUGGUAACCUUUUGGCAUUCACACAAUGCUUGGGUCACUUGGCAUCCUCAUUAUGAUUUUUAGUCAUCAUUGUUAAUUAAUGCAGCACCAUUUGCUUCAGAGUUGGGGAACCUGUGGCCCUUCCGAUGUUCUUGACCAUUUGCUGUGCUGGCUGAGGUUGAUGGUCCAAAAACCUAUGGGAAGCCACCGGUUCCCCAGGCUUGCUCUGCCAGCAAAGAAAGUCAGAGCUCUGCCCUGGGAAACCUGACACCAAAAGACAACAGAAGAGAGACAAAAGGAAGGGCGGAAAGGCUGAGGCAAACAAUGAACAUGAUCAGGUGCAGUUUCAUGUUCUUAGGUUUUUGUUUCUUACACUCCCUAAGGCUUAAUUUCAGGUGGGAAUAAAUUUAAGUCAAAGGGCUUAUGAGAAGAGUGGGAUCUGAGGACAGAUUUGAAGUGGGAGAGAGAAGUGGCGUUGUGAGCUGCAAAGGGUGGGUGUGCUGUUUCACGAGUUCGCCUCCUGAUCCGUAUCCUCUCUCUGUAAAGAGUUGGUGUCAGCAACUCGAAGAGGAGGCAAUUUGUCCAAUUGAAAUGAGCAACUUUAAGGAGAGAAUAUUCCUAAUGAAGGUCCAUGAUGCAUCUCUGACAGUGGGACAUUGCCGUUUGAUUUUUCAGGGAACUGACUUUGCAGAAGGGUGACAUUGUCUACAUUCACAAGGAAGUGGAUAGAAACUGGCUGGAAGGAGAACACCAUGGCAGGGUGGGCAUUUUCCCCACCAACUAUGUAGAGGUAAGUAUACCUUGCUAUUCCAGGAGAAGGCUUCAUUUGAUAAACUGAAUACGUUUUUGUUCAGUAUGUAGAAGAGAAGGGAGAUAGCAGAAUUUUUUUAGCAAUCUGGACCUCCAUCUGCUUUUAGAUACAGGCAAUGUUAGUGGUAGUGGGAGAGGGUCUCAUGUGCAGCAAAAAUGUCCUCUAUUUUUGUUUCGGUCCCAUUAUUUUGCUAAUAAUAAUAAUAAUAAUAAUAGGAUCACUAACAAGAGUUCCAGUUUUCUGGGUAUUAACAUAGCACUAUCAGUGCAUAAGGUGGUUUAUAGAGUAACACAAACAAAUGCCAGGUCCCUGCCCCAAGCAGCUUACAGCCUAAAUUCAAGCAGCUCUGGCAGGGGGAAGAGGGCAACAAAGGGAGGGAGAUUCACAAGGGACAAAGUGAACCAGUGCUGCUCUGAAUACUUUGAUCCCCCUCGUCUGUGUGGUCUGACAGUGGCUCUCCAGUGUGGCCUUGGGAGUCUUUCCCGGCUGGAUCUGGAGAUACUUGGAGGAUUGAACCUUUUGAGUGCAAAGCAGGGGCUCUGGCAUGGAGCAGCCGUCCCUUGAGUUGGGCAAUGAGGACUAAGGGGUUAAGCCAAGAGCUUUGUAAUAGUGGAGGUUUUGCGCUAAGCUUAGAAGGAAGGAAGAGAGGUGGCCCCCUGUAGCAUCCUGCAAGAAGUGGAUAUAUAAAAAGAAAAAUAACAGGCAGAGUGUUUCAAAGCAAAGGAACAAUGUUUUCAUACAGGACACAGAUAAUCUGUAGAAUUCAACUGCCAUGUGUACCUUUUUGAAGGCCACUAUUAAUAUAAGCUAACAAACAUUCGGGGUGGGGAGGACAACGAGUACUAGAGUGGGGCACAGAGUAUUCCCACCCCCUGGUGGGGUGGGGUGAAGGUUGGGCCCCACAGAGUGUUAGGGGAAGAGAAAGUCUUUGUUUCCACAGUAAUUGUAUCUUCAGAUGCACCACUUAAUUUUCCUUUAGGUGGUAGCCAUUCACUCCUAUGGAGAAAGCAUCUGAGCAGUCAUGUGCUUAAUCCUGCUUCUGGGGCUCCUAGAAUUUGGGAAGGAGGAUCUGGUUUUGCUCCUUACACAGCACACUUGCCAGUAGUAGCCUUUUCUGUUUUGACUCACUAAAUGUAAGCCAUUAAGGGGGUCUGUGAUCUAUUCCUUGUUCUGAUGUUAAGUCCAGUGAUGGAAGACUUGGAAUUCACUUAUUUGCAUGUUUUUGGGAAGCCAAAGUCAUCCCACACAUCUGUUAUGGCACACAAAUAUGGGGAUCUCUUCAAAAAAUGAAUUUGGAAAAACCUUAGAAUAAAUAUAUUUGUGCCAUUUCUGAGCUCCCCAAGGCAACUGAGUCUUUCAUUCUCAGUUUGUUCAGUGAAGGCCAGCGUGCAUCUCCUUGACUAAAAGUUUAAAAAGGGGAUAGGGCCCAUUUUAGUACUUUCUACUUUCAAUGAGAUGUUGAGUCUUAGCCAUUCCAUUGGAAUCAGGAAAUGCUACCAGUUAUUGAUAAGUAUGGCCUUUCUUUGGGCAGUCUGAGUUCAUUAGACUUUGAAAUAGCAUCUCACCGCAUGAAAUCUCAUAUUUUAAAGCAUGAUUUUUGUGCUGAUUGCACUUCUGCCUGUCUGUCCAAAUGUGCCCCUUUGUAUGCCAGACCACCCAUUCAGAUGCCUUGCCCUCACUCUGCAACCUGCAUUGCAGAUAUCCUAUUUGUAGCCCUGGGGCUCCAGUCUGUGCCGUAGCUGAAGAACGCUAUAGCCCCGUCCCCUAUGAGGAUUUGCCUGAGGAUUUGCACUCACUACUUGCUGGUUUGCCCAAUCCACGAGGAUUUAGGAGCAGCCUUGUUCAAAGAUGUAAAUCUCCCAGUGGGGUAUUCAGUUAACUUUUACAGUGGUACCUUGGGUUACAUAUGCUUCAGGUUACAUACGCUUCAGGUUACAGACUCCGCUAACCCAGAAAUAGUGCUUCAGGUUAAGAACUUUGCUUCAGGAUGAGUACAGAAAUCGUGCUCCGGCAGCGCAGCAGCAGCAGGAGGCCCCAUUAGCUAAAGUGGUGUUUCAGGUUAAGAACAGUUUCAGGUUAAGAACGGACCUCCGGAACGAAUUAAGUACUUAACCCGAGGUCCCACUGUAUUAAGAAACAGAUCUCCCUACACCUUUGAGAAAGGGGCCUGCUGUGCCUUUAAGGAGAAAUGUCUGUGAGGAGGAUAAGUUAGAUUCUUCAGGGGAACAAACUCUUACCUGACAGAAUGUCUGGCUUUAAUAAUUAUUUUAAUUGUGUAAUGUACUUUAUUUUGUUUUAUGUACCGUAUUUUUCGCCCCAUAGGACGCACUUUUUCCUCUCCAAAAAUGAAGGGGAAAUGUGUGUGCGUCCUAUGGGGCGAAUGCAGGCUUCGCUGAAGCCUGGCGAGCAAGAGGGGUCGGUGCGCACCGACACCUCUCGCUCUCCAGGCUUCACGCAGAUCUCCGCAAGCCGUGGGAGCCCGCGCCGGGCUCCCGCUGCUUGCGGAGAGUUGCCUGUUCUGGGGGCUGGGGUCGGGGGAAGCUCGGGCUUCCCCCGCCCCAGCCCCGCGCCUGGGGGGAAAAUAUUUUUUCCCCCUUUAUUUCCCCCCCAAAAAACUAGGUACACCUCAUGGGAUGGUGCGUCCUAUAGGGCGAAAAAUACGGUAUUUUAUAUUUUGUAAUGACUUUGGCUUGACUGACUGAAUAGAUGAAUGAAUGAAAUGUUGGCACGGGAUUCAUGCAGAGGCUGUGGAAUUCCAGGCACGCCAAGGAGUGGGCCAGUGGAGGGAGAGGCAAGGCACUCCAUCCUCUUCUGCACCCAGCACAGGCUGAUGGAGGGGAGAGAGGCCCCCCUUCUUCAAACAGCAGGGGUGGGGAAGCUUUUUUAGGCCAAGAGGAACGUUUCUUUCUGGGCUACAACAAGGGAGUGGUGGGCAGGACCAAAAGCAGAACAAGGGCAGAAUGAUAGACGUUAACUCUCCCCCUGUGCAUUAGGCUAGUUCCUACACGUAGUCUCUCUCUCUCUCACACACACACACACACACACACACACACACACACACACGUCCUCUUUCGAGGCAAGCAAGAUGCAUUAUCAGAGUUCAGGGACACAUUCUAGGCAGUUAAAGACAUUCAAGAAAGGGUACAAAGCAAGUCAGUGAGGGGUGUGGCCUGAGGCGAGUCCCAAAGGCCAGAGAGAAAGAGAGAGAGACCUGGACAGCCACACUUGACCCCUGGACUUAAGGCAAACAGCACAACAUGCAGCAAAUUGCUGGAGACGGAGGAAAGGACCACUCGGUCCCUUCUCUGCAGCCCCUAGGAGACUGGUAAAAUCUUACAAACUAGUAACUUGUGUGGGCUUAUUUGCAGAGCAGGACUGAAUCGAGAACCACUUGUGCCAUGCCGCUGCUUGUCUUCCCAAUAGGUCCUGCCUCCAACAGAAAUCCCCAAGCCGAUCAAAUCCCCCACCAUCCAAGUCCUGGAAUAUGGAGAAGCGGUAGCUCAGUACAACUUCAAGGGUGACCUGGCAGUGGAGCUGUCAUUUCGGAAGGUACAAAACGAAGCAAAAGAACGGGGGUUGGGUGAGGGUGGGAGUGGGAAGCCCAAAGAUGGGCAGAGAGAGGAAUUCCAGCUCAGGAUGGGGCCAGGGGCAAAGGGCGCCAAAGCCUGCUGCCCCCCCUGCCUCGUGGGCUCCAGGCCAACUCAAUUCCUCUCUAACAGAUGUUCAGUUGUCUGUUUCUGCUUCUCAUAAAACUGAGCUCCAAGACAGCCAGUGACAUUUUAGUGCCUCGGGCAGAAGAUCCAAACGGCGUCUCCCAUGGUGAUGAAAAAUGUAAUAAAAAUGCAAUAAAUUGACAAUUUCAGUGCCCCUUUUCAUGGUAAACCCCCAAAUCUGUUUUCACAGGCAGACCACCUCCAUCUUGUCUAACAGCAGAGCCGGCCCUGACUGGGCUAUUAAUAUUCUGCUUGCUGUUGCUGACUCACUCCCACCAAACCCCAUCCACAUCCCCAGAAAACCUCUGGGAGUUCUGCACGAAAGAUAAACUAGACAAAGAACAUUUUGUAUAGCUUGCUUGAAUGUGAAUUAGAUUUUACAUAAUUUACAGGCUUUGUUCUGACCCUUUUUUUGGAGUUGGUGCUUAAUUUGGUGGCAUUUUACAAAGUGUAACAGGGUAAUAGCAAGAAAAAAGAUACGGGAAAGUGGAGUUUUUAUGUGACAAAGACUCUUGGCUGGACGCAAGGUAAGAUGGAGGGACAGGUCACUCUGCAGAACUGAGAUGUGCUGUUCCUAAAUACAGGAUUUUUUAUGGAUGCUGCCUGAACAUGUGUCACACUCAAUAAGGACUAGAAACUUGUUGUUUUUACAAAAAGAAACUCAUCUAUUUUGCAGAGAAGCCAAAAUUUUGCAUUGAUUGGCAAUUAAGGUAUCACAAGGAGAAACCUUGUAAAAAUACGGACUUCCAAAUAUGAUUCCCCCUCCCCCAAUGUUAGACCUAGUUUUUCGUAAUUUCAGCUGGAUGCUGGUUCAGCCAAUGAUAAAGUCAGUUUUGUUGUUGCUGGACUGAGCUAUGAAAUUGAGCUAGGUCCUCUGAUGGACUCAAGGGCAUCCUGAUCAAAUUUGCAGAUGACACCAAACUGGGAGGGGUGGCUAACACCCCAGAGGACAGGAUCACACUUCAAAACGACCUUGACAGAUUAGAGAACUGGGCCAAAACAAACAAGAUGAAUUUUAACAGGGAGAAAUGUAAAGUAUUGCACUUGGGCAAAAAAAUGAGAGGCACAAAUACAAGAUGGGGACACCUGGCUUGAGAGCAGUACAUGUGAAAAGGAUCUAGGAGUCUUGGUUGACCACAAACUUGACAUGAGCCAACAGUGUGACGCGGCAGCUAAAAAAGCCAAUGCAAUUCUGGGCUGCAUCAAUAGGAGUAUAGCAUCUAGAUCAAGGGAAGUAAUAGUGCCACUGUAUUCUGCUUUGGUCAGACCUCACCUGGAGUACUGUGUCCAGUUCUGGGCACCACAGUUCAAGAAGGCCACUGACAAACUGGAACGUGUCCAGAGGAGGGCAACCAAAAUGGUCAAAGGCCUGGAAACGAUGCCUUAUGAGGAACGGCUAUGCGAGCUGGGCAUGUUUAGCCUGGAGAAGAGGAGGUUAAGGGGUGAUAUGAUAGCCAUGUUCCAAUAUAUAAAAGGAUGUCACAUAGAGGAGGGAGAAAGGUUGUUUUCUGCUGCUCCAGAGAAGCGGACACGGAGCAAUGGAUCCAAACUACAAGAAAGAAGAUUCCACCUAAACAUUAGGAAGAACUUCCUGACAGUAAGAGCUGUUCGACAGUGGAAUUUGCUGCCAAGGAGUGUGGUGGAGUCUCCUUCUUUGGAGGUCUUUAAGCAGAGGCUUGACAACCAUAUGUCAGGAGUGCUCUGAUGGUGUUUCCUGCUUGGCAGGGGGUUGGACUCGAUGGCCCUUGUGGUCUCUUCCAACUCUAUGAUUCUAUGAUUCUAUGAACCUACUGGGUGCUAGAGGAAAUCUGGCAGCUUCCUCCCGACAGACCAUCAGCACUGCCCAGUUUGGACUUAGCAUUGCUCUGAAGUUUCCAUUCUCAGCAUACCUUUAUCUGUUAAGCAGUACAUUCCCAGCAGGAUCGUGGGUGACCCUUAUUUUCUAGGAAAAGCUGGGAGCCCUGAAGACCUGGAAUUACCUGUGUCACAUGAUCAGAUCCCUUUGAUGCACCAGGAAGUUCCUUUGGGGGCAAACGCUUCUGCGGUGCAUAAACCUACAUGAAAGUUGGGUGCAGAUUGCAAUGUGUAAAAUCACUGGUGAGGGGUUUGACUGUUGUGUUUUGCUGCUUAAACACGCUGUGUACACUUGCAGGGAAGACCAACCAGUUGUGAUCUCCUGGCAAGCAUGCACAGGAAAGCAACAGUAUAGGUGCAUAUGCUUAUUGUGUGAUAUUCUACGUGUGGGUUUCACAACCUCUUAACCACUCCAUGUAGCCUGUCCAGAGUGUGCCUCCCACCCCGUAAUGUCACCAGCUGCAAGAAAGAGUCCUAGGUUUAAGAGGCCAUGUGGUGUGUUGGUCAGAGUGUCAGACUAGGACUGGAGAGAGCAGCUUUCACAUCCCCUCUCAGCCUUGAAGCUUUCUGGGCCAGGCACUAUCUCUCAGCCUUGGCAAUAAAAUGGGGGUGUGCAUGCUCCACAGAAAACAGGUGGGAUAUAGAUAGAUAGAUAGAUUAGAUAUGGGUUGUUGUUUUAAUGAGCAGUGUCCUUAGUGUUUCAGGAGACAGCUGUCGCCUGUAUGACGAUCAUAGGAAGGACUAUCUGGGGGUGAUGCUGCUAAACCUUUCAAGGUACCAAACGGGACAGAAGAGUGGAGCAGAACCGCAAAUGCUUGGGCUGGAAGAGCUUGUGGGUCUGUCAGGCUCCAGCUUUAAAUUAGUCUCUUGUAAAAGUGCAGGAAACAACCACCUGUCAGAAAUUCUUCAGCUGGAAUUCCUGCAUUGCAGGGGGCUGGACUAGAUGACCCUUGAGGUCUCCUCCAGCAUUACAUUUCUGUGAAAUCUCUUAACCAGGCCAAUUAGUCAGCCUCAGGAGCUUCCUUGUGCUGAUCUUUCCUUCUCCUCCUUUCCAGGGCGAGCGCAUCUGCCUGCUUCGCAGGGUGGACGGAAACUGGUACGAGGGCCGCAUCUCUGGCACCAACCGCCAGGGCAUUUUCCCAGCCAACUAUGUGCAGGUGGUGAAGGAGCCAAGAGUGAAGAACUCGGAGGAGUUUCCUUCCUCUCCAGGCCUGCGGGCCUCUUCUGGCUCCCCGUCCCAGCCACACUCACCCGGCCUGAGCACCAGGGGGCAGCUCAACACCUCCCCGUUGGGCCUGCGGGGCUCCCUGGCCACAGAUGCGCUGCGUUCCUCCAGCCACUCAGGAUUCACUUUCCCUGCAUCCCCCAAGUUCGAGCACCCAGAGGCUGUGCCCCGCAGGCCCCAGAGCACAGCCAGAGCCGCCUCCUUCAGUCCCCACAGCCAGAGCCCUGUCAAAACAUCCAGCAGCAGCAGCCCAUCGCCAGCCUCAUCCUUCCAGGUUCAGGAGCCUGAGCAGCCUGCUGCCCCCACCUUGGCUCCACAACCACGAGCCGUCUUCCCACCGCAGGUGAGGCCCUGGCUGCUCCCCUCAAUUCUCCUUUCCUUUCCCCCCAACCUACAGUGGUAGGUACCCACCAUAUCCUUGCUUUGCAAGCAGUUUGAAGACCCCGGACCAGCUUUGCAAUGGGCCUCCUAUGUCAGUGGACACUCGGUCAUGAGUGAACUUGGCCUUGACAGUGGCAGGCAGCCAUUUAAAUUCCCCCCACCCCACCCACACACCCCGCCAAUGUAGCACCAAUCCAGGCAUUGUGGGAAACUAAAAUGGCGGCCAGAGACCCAGGACAGGCCUUGGUGCUGGUAAGCCCUGCCCAGGUGCUGGGGCUUCAGCUCCCAAGGGUGCUGCCGUGAAGGCCUGAGAAGGGAUGUCAGAGAGGGCAAAUGCACUUCUGUUUUAGAGGAAGCAGAAACAACAUCUGUCCUCAAAAAGCUGAUCUUUAAGGGCAAAGAUUCCAUUUUCUGUGUUAAAAUGAAUAAUGUAAGCUGGAGAGAUGGUAAUAUUCUGUCUCCAUUCCUACAGACCCUCAUGGCUGUUGGCCUUCACUCAGCCACCAGCACUUUUGAAAUUCCAUGUCUGCCCCAUGUCUUGGGGCUCAGUCCACCCGCUACAAAUCCACCGAACAGUAACAUAAUCUAGCCCAGGUGUUUCUCAGCUUCUCUGUAGUGCUUCUGCAGCAGACCAAAGGCAUUAUGGUUCCUAAGUUUGCUUAAGGUCUCCAGGUGCAGUCCCUUCCUCCCUGUCUCCAUGCCUAAGAGGCAGCGUGUCCCCAUUUUACUUCCAUUAGCCUUAGAUUAAUGGCACUUCCCGCCCAAGGGCUCAGGACAUGGUGCCAUUGCUCCCCCCUCCCAGCUCUGUCCUCCCCACGGCUUCCCCUUUCCCUCUUCCUUUCUCCACAGGCAGCGGCUCCUGGAGCUUCCCAGCCACGCAGCCCUGGACACGUCUCUUCAUGUGCGCCCCCCUCCAGUGUGCAGUGGACCCUGUAAGUGAGGCUGGUGACGAGGGCUGGGAAGUGCAAAGCGGGGGUGGGGAGUUUUGCUCCUCCGCCUGGCGGCUGGCCAGGCCCCUCCCUCCCUGUGCAGUGACCCAUGGGGAGGGCUGGCUGCAGACGGCCCCCUGGGGUGCCAGCCAGGGACAGGGUCCGGACUGUGGCUUGGAACAAGGCCCUUUUUCAGAGGGGCUUGCACAGCGCAUGAGGAAGCGAAGCCUCUGGCUGCUCUACCUGUGCCUUGGCUGGCCUUUCCAGGCGUUGCAAACUCCUGCUGGAGAAGACAGAGACAGCUCAGCAUCUCCCAGUGGCAGCACUCCCCCCCCCCCGUCAGGAGGGAAGGCGAUGGGGCGGAGGGCAGCCCAGAGUGUUUGCCUCGGCACAUUCCUUUUCCAUGUGCAAAGCACAGUUCACUGGCUCUGAUCCACACAGCCUGCAGAGUGGAAAUGGGAAAGAAAAAUGUCCUCCUUAUUCUUUGAUUUGCUUUUUGAAGUGUUUACUGUUUGAGGCACAUUUCUUUUUUUAAAAAAAUACACAUCUUUUAUUUAUUUGUAUUUAAUUUAUGAUUUAUGAUUACCCCCCCCCCCCGAGCUCAAGGUGGCAUGCCUUGUUUUCCCUCCCCCUCCCUCCAUAUUUUAUCCUCUCAACAACCCUGUGACGUCAGGCAGGCUGAGAGCUGGUGACUGACUCCAAGGUCAGCCAGGGAACUUCCUGGCUGAGGGGGGAUUUGAACCCUGGUUUCCCAGCUCAAGGCCAACAUUACACCGGGCUGUGCUGUCACUUAAAUAAAUCAGGAAGGAAUUGGGCUCACGAAGUGGCUUCUGUUUUUCAGAUACCAGGCUCUCUAUCAGUACAGACCCCAGAAUGAGGAUGAGCUGGAACUUCAUGAAGGGGACCACGUGGAUGUCAUGCAGCAAUGUGAUGAUGGCUGGUUUGUGGGUGUGUCUUGGUGCUAUAAUUUAUGGGACAGGGGAGGACUGUACAAUCCUAGCACUGGGAAGUGGGCUGGGGCGUAUGCUGCUUUUCUGGGGCUUUGUUAUGGCCUUGCAGGUCUCCUUUCCCUCCCCCCCUGGCCACCAAUAGCCCUAGGAACAGGCUGUUGUGACACCGGCUGCUUUUGCAUGCCAGGCUUCGUGUGAAGGUGGUGGCUGCCAAGGAGGGAACCACAGCAGCUCCGCUCCUCCUUGGGCUUUUGAGGUCAGCCCAUCACAGCAUGGAAGCCAAGGUUUGGCUUAUAAGGCAUGUCAUCCAAAUCUGGCAUCUUUGCUCAGUUCUCUCCUUCUUAACCACAAUCUGUAGCCAAGGUUUAUCCUAUGGUUACAGGUCAUGGUCAAGAAGGAGAGAUUUUAACUGUGAUCCCAAGUUUGGACAAUAUGCUAAGCCUAACCUUGGCUUCCCUGCCAUCGUGUGCCCAGGGAAGAGCAAAGUGGGUGCCAGCGCUCUCUGGGAGCCAGCACAUUUGUCAGGUCAUGGUAAUCCAUACUUUGUCUUGCCAUGAUGCGCAAGCCAUGCCAGAGUAUCAGUAUCAGACAGACCUCAGUUUCAAGUAUCAAACUCAGCAUUUGGCUUGCAGGAAUGUGAUACCUGUAGAGUAUGACACUCUACCCUUGCAUCUCUAUGGUGCAAACUUUUUACCUGGCACUGGUCACUGCCCACAUGCCCAUGUUUUAAUUGGAGCCUAGAAAUGGCAGAAAGUACAUUGGAACUAAGGUCCCUUCAUUUUCCCCUGUGUUCACCCAUUGAAUAGUCCAGCAUGGUGUGGGUGAUGUAGAAUCAUUACCCUCCAGAUCAUGCUCUUGAGUAGCUGCAAUAGAGCCAAAAGUUCCGGAAAGGCCCCGAAAACAGGAUGUGGAAGGACAUAACUGUGGCCAAAAAAGCUGGUGCUUCAGAGUGAAGAGUGAAUUAGUGCAGUGAAUUAGUGCUUCCUUAGAGGCCAAUGUUUAUUUCAAAAGGUUUUUUCAGGACACUCCUGGGAAAGGUUUCUACUGCAGGGUGGGCAACCUUGAGCCUCUUUCCUUCAUCAGGGAUUCUUGUUUUGCUUUUGUUUGUACCUUAGGUGUCUCUAGAAGAACACAUAAAUUUGGCACUUUCCCUGGGAAUUAUGUUGCCCCUGUGUGACUGCUCCUCGACCAACCCCUUGUGUGCCAAGUGGAAACUGAAUCUGCUGCUCUUGUAUCCGGUUUCCUUGGAAAGAUGCCCCACAAUCUGUAGACAAGGAGCAAAAAGAGGUGGUCGUGUGAGAGCCAGCCUGGAGCCCAAGUUCUGUUCAAGGAAGGUCUUGCUGCUUGUACCCUGGAGUUCUCUGUUCCUUGACCACCGCCUUCCACUUCUGUGUCUUGGCUUCCUUGUACAGGGUGAUCACACUCUUAUUUCCCCCACCCUCCAGUAUUUAUGAAGCAUCAUUAUUUCAAGCCUUUCUGUGACAAGCAAGAGACUCAGGCUAAGCAGACAACGCAGAUAACCUCCUGGGCUCUUUGCUAGCUGUGGCCCAACUGAGUUUCCUCUUUGUGGGCAAAUCUGGGAGUGCCAGCCCUUCUGCCAGCUCUCAUAGCAGCAGUGCAAGGUGGAGAUAGGAUUGGGACCCUGUGAUUGCCCUGCAUCAAAUCUCCAGAAAGAUCCUGCUUCCUUGCAAUAGACCACAAACACUGCUGUGGUGUUCUGCAGACUCUGUAACCAAUGUCCCACCACAACUGAAGAGUUGACGGCGCUCUCUGAGCACCCACAACCUUCUCUGUGUUCCAUGGGAAUCCAUGGACCCUGCCUAGAGGAGGCUGCUCCACCAAGUGUAUGCAAGGCCGCGUGGCUACCAGUAGUAACAUUUUUGUACCCUGCCCAACUUCCCUCAAAGGCUUUGGCUGCUGGAGGUCCAUCUAAAUGGUCUCUCCAUCUAAAGGAUUCAUUUAGAACUUUGAUCAAAAUAACUUCCAAUCAUUCCUGUGAGUGGAUGCACUAUCUUGCUUGUGUUAAACUAAAAGAUGUGAUCACUUGGAGAGUUAGCAGAUUCCUAGGGCUACUCUGCAGCUAGAGCACACUUUGAGCAUUCCUUUAGCCUAAACUCUCUGUCUUUACUUGCAGUUCAUCUUCAUCCUCCUCCUCGCCUAAUUUUGAGCACCUGCUACAAAGGGUUUAAUAUUGAUACAAUUGUUGGGGGUCAAAGGAAGGAAGUGAAGGGGAGAAUUCAGUCCUGUUACGGUUACUGACAUCUGUGCUAAUUGACCCCAACUAAGAAGCAGUAGUGGUUACUGCUUUUGCAUAAGUGCCCAUUGUCCACAGCUCCUCUCUGAAGAUGCAUCUCAUUCCUGCCCCCAGCAGCAAAUGCCAGACACCGUUGGAGACCCGCAGGACUCCUAUCCUGGCAUUAGAAAUCUGGGCCUGUUUGUAAGUUGCCUGUAUCCUGCCUUUAAUCUCCUUGAACUUUCCAUUCUGGCAGUCUCCUUUCACCUCCAAAGUCAAGGGUCAAGACCGGAGGGAGAUUUCUAGGUCUAAAGAUAUUCUCUAGUGGCUAGAGUAGCCGCAGCUUGAGCUGUUCUCAAACUUCUAGGGGUAUGCAGCUGGUGAGGCAGAAAAAAACAGAGGAAAGAGACAGUGGGGGAUUGUAUUGGGCCAAGAACACUGUGACAUCUAUGUCUCCUGCAGCCUCUUGCACAGUGCUAACAAAAUUGUCCUCCACACUGCAGCAGAACAGCUGUGCAAGUUGAGAGAGUCCCACCCGUGGAGAGAAGAUGUGCAGGUUGAGACCAGCCCUGGUGGAGUUGAGUCUCUGCUCUAGGUAAACAACAGGGGCUGCCUUUUGUUUUUAAGAAACAUGGUAGCAGCACCUUGCAGGUUCAGACUCAGCAUCUUGGCUCAGUGGUUUCCAGACUCUUUACCUUCAAGGAAGCCUUUCCUGCUGCAUAUGCCACAGAACCAGCACAUAGCAAAGGACCGUGGCGCAUGCCCAAGUUCACUGGUCCUCCCUGUCAUGAGGCAGUGAGGCAGCUGCCUCAGGUGGCAGAUGCUGGAGGGGCUCAGCAAUGCCCUUCAUGGGAUCGGAACUGUGUGUGCCAUAAGCCUGCCCUAAAGUAGCUUGCUUUCAUCAGGUGAGCACUGUGCAGGAUGUGAUCCUCUUGCCAGUCUUAGGCAGUUUAGACACCAUACCUUUAAAGCACCCCCCCAAAAAAUCAUGGGAACCAUAGUUUACCCCUCAAAAGCUACAAUUCCCAUCACCUUUAACAAGCUGGUUUCCAGGAUUCUUUUUUUUUGGGGGGGGGGGGGAGGCAGAAUCAUGGAAUUGUAGAGUUGGAAGAGACCCUGUGCUUCAAAUGUGCCUUAAAUGUAUGGAGUGUGUACAGCCUCAAAAUGCGAUUCAGGUGCCUCACUGAAACAUAGUCCUGGUCCAUUCAGCUUCUGUAUGUGGAACGAGGGGGGGGGCACCAGCGUCUUGUUUGUCUCCAGCAGCAAAGUGUUGGGGGCAGCCCUGCUGUCAACCCAUCACUCCCUUGAAGCAGCACUUUUGCAAGGGGAGUUUGGUAGAGACGGCAAAUCCUCUUGUGGGAGAGCUCAUCUCUCUUCUCUCUCACAACUUGGGAGGAACCCCAACCACCACUAUUUGAAACAACCUCAUCUAGCGUUUUGGAUAAGACUGGGUCUCCUGACCUGACACAUCAUUCGGAGAUGUGUUGUGCCUGCGCUGCACAGCACCACUGAACUUGGUCAGCUUGGAGGAGGCGAGUGGCUGUCUGGUUCGCUCUGGGACAAGAGAGUCCUUGAUAUUAUUGCCUAUACAGCUUGUCCUGCCAAUAAAAUGUCACUGAUCUAAAGUCAA